AUGUCUUCACCCUUAGUUUGUACGCUUUUAUUCAGAUGGAUUCUUCCACUAGUCUUGUUAGGAGGUGGGUGUGUUGUUUCAGUAUCCAGUGUGGCACCGUUGGCCCUUCACCGGCUACAGCGUACCUAAAAACAUUUUUGAUCGUAUCGUUGUUAUAAACCAAUCUAAAAAUCAGCUUUGAAGGUGGAUUUUAUUGAUUACAUUUCGUUAAAAGCACCUAAUUUUGUGAAACUUAGGAACUUUUUGGGAAGGUUGGCGCGUAACGUUUGCGCGCCUUUCAUGAUCAGUUGAAAGUUCACCGACCUGCUAGGACGCACGUAACACAAAUAACUUGCCAUUAAUCGUAAAUCGCUUUCUACGUUGUAAAUUUCUGAAGAUUUUGAAAUGUGAUCAGUACACGUUUUGGCCCAAUGUUUCUUUCAAGUGUCGAAAGAAAUUUAAUUUGGGGCAACGUACACCAACAAACCAUCGGUGACGUAAUUUACUGGAUAUUUAUUAUUACUUGACAUUUUUUAAAAAUUGUUUCUCCGUUUGUUUGCUUUUCAGCUUGUUGUUUCAGAUUCAAUGGCUUUUCUUUUAUAUAUUUGUGUUGUCUUCUGGCUAUUCCUCUUUUACCUAAUCCGUCAAGAGGUUUGAGAGUUUUACAAUUAUAUUAUUGAAUUAAUAGUGGCCGAAUUAACAUGUAUACUAGAGAACCGUCUAGACGAGUUAUCUCUCAGAUGAAUAAUUAGUCUAGAUUUAAAUUCGAGAGACCAAUUUAGAUAAUUAAUUGUUUGUUUUAACCAUUUAAGUCCCAAGAGUGGCCAACAUUAAUUUUCUCCAAAGAAUGUUAAUACAUAAUCAUCAUCAGAGAAAAGUUUAUAAGGGCUCUAAGAAUGAUCACCAAAGGGAAGAUGCUUAGGUCUUUGCUCAAGUGCUCUCAAUCGAUCAAUCCUUUAUUUGAUAAUGCAGGUUAGUCUACGUAUGAGGGCAGCCAAAGGCUGAUGUGGACCUGCGAGAAGAUGAAGUCAUCUAACUAAUAAAAUUAAAAAUAAAAAUAAAUAAAGUUAUUUUCCUAAGAUUUAUGAAUAAGAAUUUGGUAAAAUAAAUGCUAAGGUGCUAAAAGUAAACAAAAUCAUCCUUCUUAUUUUGAAAUCAUUAUUGCUUCCUUAUUAAAAGAGAAUUGAAGUAAAUCUUUUGAUUGCUUUCUUAUAAUAGUUUUAAAAGCGUCUUUGCUAAUGUCGCUAAACUUAACCUUCUCAUUGGUACCUGGUCGCUAGAGGCUCCAACAAUUGCUCGUGAGCAACUAAAAUGUUAAACAGGCAGCCCACAUGGGGACCUAAAAUGUAAGAUAGGUGCAAGUAAAUAAACAGUGCAAAAAGCACACCAGAGUUUAUCUCUGGUGAUCUGACCUCGGUCAAAAAAUGGUCUAAAACCAGAAAAGUUUUGAAAAAUUUUGCAGUUCACAGUUAAACCUAAGGUCAUGAAAAACUUUGAAAGUUCAUGAAAAAAUUGAGUCUUGGAAAGUCGUGGAAAGUGAAGAGCUCAAUAUAUAGAAUGAAGCUCAUGUAUCCUAGCAACAUUCAGAGCAUAUGCUAAACAAAGAUCUUACUAGAUUCAUGCAGAGUCAAUUAUGUCAAUAUGGAGGAAGCAAAAGAAGGGCUCUAUUGGCUUGGUGUAUUUGGCUGCUUGUGCAUGAUGCAGAUUAUCAUUUUCCAUGAUACAUGUAUUUGUUCAUAUUAUUUUGUUUGUUAUUUAUCUUUUUACAGCUGUGGCUUCCACAAGUCAUUUCCAGAAGGCUUUGUUGGGCUUAUCAGUGUUUGCCUUAAUGGCACAGAUUAUUUUCCAGAUUGUUCUGGGAGCUCUUCCACCAUAUGGUCAUUUCUUUCCAAACUGUAAGUUUAGAUUAGUUUUGGUAAAUACGUUUUUUGAUUGUUAUUGGUUCAUUGACUCAUUGACCUGGUAGGGCCAAUGCCACAACAGAGCUUGACUCCAAGUAGAUGCAAAAAGCUGCAUGGAUAUAGAUGUUGUAGGUGAAAUCCAUUAUUUGGUAGAACUAGAAUUCUCUUUUGUCUGGUAUGAGGGCUAGUAGCCAAGGCAAUUCUCAAACAAAACUACAAUUCUGGACAAAAGUCCUUGGGACAGUACUGCAAUAUUCAUAUUUUUCUGUCAUUUCUUGCUUCCCUCUUAAAACAGUGCAUUCUUUUCAAAAUUUUUGUUGCAGUACUCCCUCCCCCCACCCUAUACAAGGUUAAAACUCGGAAAAAAAUUCUGGAUACACGUGUCCAACAUUGUUUGUGGGGUGAGGGAAGGGGUUGGACCUGUGUGAAUUAGAAAAUGCCCAACAACGCAAAUUAAGUGUCCCAUUUUAGUUUUCACAAAGAAAACAACUCAACCUCGUCCCCAGGUCUUCUCGGUUAUUGGUGCAUUAACCUGUAGAAGGCUGCAUGUUUGACGUCAUUUCCUCGUUAAACACAAAAUUUUUCCAAAUUUGGUCAUCAGUAACUGGUUAUGGUGAAUUAUGCAUGUGCUUUUAGCCGAUCAGAAUUGGGGAAAUAUUCAUUCAAAGCAACUGCAAUGUAUGAUGUUAUUUCCAGGGUUCGCACAGUCUUGAAAAGUCCUUGAAUUUUAGGGGAAGUCCUUGAAAAGUCCUUGAAUUCCAUUUUUCCUUGAAAAGUCCUUAAAUUUCUGUGCAAGUCCUUGAAAAGAGCUUGAAUUUUCUUCAACUUUGAAUGCAGUAGCCUGGAAAGAAUUUUUUGAUGCUUUUUGGUUGUCCAAGACAGAAUAUAAAUCGUAGCUCAGUGAAUGUAAAGGUCUUUUACAUAAAGUGCUCAAUGUUUUAUGCAAUAAUUAACUAUCAGUUUAAGACAAGUGAACUGAAAAAUGUAGAGAAUUUGGUGAAGCAAACAGUUAAAGCCUUAAAGUCUUGUUAGAAUAAACUGGGAAUAUGCAUUUUUGUACAAUCUGUGAAAUUAUAUUCCUAGUAGGUUGUCCUUGAAAAUCUAAUGUGGUCCUUGAAAACUCCUUGAAAAGUCCUUGAAAAAUGGUUGCAAUUUUUUGUAUGAACCCUGAUUUCAAAAGCCAAAUAGCUGCACACAUUGUCUUUGUCUGCAGAUUUGGUAUAUUUUUGUUAUAUUGAUUAUGAGUUGUUUUUUUUUAAUUAUUCAUUAUGGGACUAGAUGCCAUUUAAGAUAAAUUAAAUGAAUUUCAAAAAGUUACAAACGUAGCAAAAUUGCAUACUUUUGGCGGGGGGACUGUCAUUGUUGGCGGGGGGACUGUCAUUGUUGAUGGGAUUCCUCCCAUCUGCAACUGUACUCAUAAAAACAUGUGAUCCCCAGCUACUUUAAUUAACCAAAAAUUAAAUUACACAUGUAGACUACUCUUCUGUACAAUUCUCUUCUAACUGUGAGGAUUUCUUAGAAGUUCAAUUCUCUGUCUACCAUCAAUACAUGUACUAAUCAAUAAAUAUAUGAACGAAUUAAUUUGAAAUUAUCUAAGUGACAGCUCAGUAGUACCUCUCAGUGCAAAAUUAAUUAUUAAAGUGCUAAUACUAUUUUUUUUGUCAUUGAACCAAUAACAGGCGUUAUUUUUGUCUCUUUACUACAAUGUAUAUGUUGUUGGUUCAAUUUAUCCUUGGUUCAAUUAUAAUAAUUAUUCCUUUUGUUUUUGGGUAUGGUGAUGUAUGAUAAUGAGUUUAAAACAGAGGGAAAUAAGAUUUAAACCAAGGAUAAAACUGAACCACAACAUAUACACCUCUUGCUCUCAACGUCUUAAAUUUAAUCAGCAAUAAUUUGCUUAAUAGGUUCCACUUAUGAAAGGCUGACUCGGCAAAUUGGCCUGAGCAGGUGAGUAUUAAAGAUUCCACUUGUUGGAUACCAGAUUUUUUUUGUCAGUUUUUUACCUUGAGUGCCAUUUCUUGCUUUGAACCUUUUAUGUGCCGAACUUAAUACCUAUUUAGGUCAACCCAGGUGAGAUAAGUUAGAGAAUUGAUUCAGACGUCAAACUAAUAAAAAUCAACUCUGUAGUCUACCAUGCUUACGAGUCAAAAUAAAUUACAUGGUAAUUUAUGCACAAGAUUUGGCACAUGAAGAGUUUGAUGUUUGAAAUGAGGUCCCUCCACAGUCGUUAAUUCCCUUGUGAUUGGUGGGUUGACCCGAAUUAGAUAUGUUGGACCUAAUUAUGUCAAGGCCCAGUUGUUCGAAAGGUGAUUAGCGCUAAACUGCAGUUAUAUUUGAAUCUGGUUUCUUUUUCUUUUAUCCCAAAGAAUUUUCUCACAUAAUCUUCUCUAUUUUUUGUAGAGCAUCUAAUCAUCAUACCAUAGACAAAAAAGAAUUAAUCUGAAUUUGCUUUUUAAGCUUCCAUAUCUAAAUUCAAAUUUCACACUAACCCUGGGUUAUCUUAACUCAGUUUUCAACAACCCGGUCCAAUUAAUGACUAUCUUUUUAUGUACUUAAUUAAAGGGAUUAGGUUCGGUACACAAAAUGUUUGAACCAGGCCUUAGUUACAAUUUUUUGUUUUAUUACAUAAACACCGAUGAAAUACCAGGUGAGCUUUCGUGCGAAAACUUGAUAUCUUCACAUGUGUGAAAAUAUCACUGUUGCUAUGGCUUCAUAAAAUAAAUUGCGCCUUUCACACCAAAAAACUAUUAGAGAAGAGUGAAAUGGUUUUGUAUUUCAUUGGUGUUUAUAUAAUAAAUAGAACAUUAAAUGGCCGCUUGGAGAUACGAAAUUUCUCUUCUCAUGUUGAAAAAAUAUUUCACUUGUUCGCGGCGCUCACUCGUGAAAUAUUUUUCAACACUCAAAGAGAAAUUUUGUAUCUCUGCAUGGCCAUGUAAUAUCCUCUGUCUAUUAUAUAUGUAGCUUUCGUAGAGCAAUAACGUAAUAAUGUAGAAGUGAAUGUUAUGAUGGCAGCGCGAUUACAUGCAGAAUAAUGCGAACAAUAAUUGUGGGGAACUAGGAGAUCUAGUAGGUUAUAACAUGUCACUACUUGGUGUACAGCUGUUUUUAUCUGUUGCCUACACUGUGAAGUCAAGGCAAUUUGGUACCUUAUACAUGUACAUGUAGCACUCUAUCUAUUCUAAUUUUUAUUUUUCUUUAGAUUUGAUGGUGUUCCAGCUCUUGAUAUCUUCAGGAUUAUUGCACCUGAUGUGGUGGUAAUUGCAGUAUCAAUAACAUGUGUCAUUUGCUGCCGAGGUUUAAUCAGCUCCUCACCACUUCAUCAACAUACUCCACAGCACAUCAGAGCAUCACCUGAUUCAUCCACAUGGGAUAACAUCAUGCCAUACUUCAUUGCAGUAAUGUUGUUAGUUGGUGGAAUAAUGCUACCAUCGCUAGCUUCCGCCAUAUACUUUAUAAUGUUCCUGAUUUUAGGGACAAUGUGGGCUUGCCACAAAGCUAUUAGACUGCGACGAAAGAAAGCUUUUGCCUACAUACGAUUUGCUCUUAUGGUUUAUUCUGGCAUCCAUGUUAUUACAUUCUACUUGUAUCAAUUCCAGUUUUUUCAGAGUUCACUCCCUCCUGAUAGUUUACUUGCCAGGUGAGUUUUAAGAUCUAUGAUAUGCUCUUGCUGUGCUUGAAAUAGUUUGGAGUGUUGUUUUUCGCAUGUAGCUUGUCUCAAUCAAGGCCUUUUUACCCCCAGCCAAGACUGAAAUGUAGAAGACCAUACAAUGUAUUAUUGGCUUGUAAAAUUCCAGCAAUGAAUAAUAAUAAGCAGAUCAGUCUUCCCUCAGAGAGAGAAUACAUGUAAUAAUACUUAAGCUUCUAGCCAGGUCAUUGAAAAUUCUUUGUCCUGGCAUAUUUUCAAAUGAAAUUAAAUGGGAUUAAAGGAAUUUUCGUCAACUUCAGAUCCUAAAAUGGGCAUUACCAUUCUGGAUAAAACCUUGUGUAUAAUGUUACCAUGAUGUCUUCUCUCUUCUACUACAGCUUUGCAUAAAUAAAUCCUUUCUUGUUGUAGAAAAUCACAAAAUUUCAGCUCUACUACUUAUUAACUAGAAAAAAAGUACAUUUUGUAUUUUUAGCUGUAUAACUAAAUUAAAAUGCAUUAUCUAUCUUCCUCUUUUAGGUUAUUUGGUCUUGUGGGAAUUAUUUACACUGACUGUAGUGCUCCAUUAGUGCUUCAUGUAAGACCAUAUUUAGACUGGCCCCAGUGCGCAUCGCCUGGUGUUCUAUUAGCACUUUACUGGCUGCUUGCAACAGAAACAAGAUUUUACUUCAUUGAUGUAUGUAUGCUACACUGUACCUUUUGCUUUGAUGGAUAGUAACGAUAUUUUAAAACUUUUUUGUGGUUACAUGUGCAUGUAGAUAACCUCUUUGUAUGCAUUUUUGACAUAAAAAUCCCUUUUCUAAAAGAAAGAUGCUGUGUCAAAAACUUUUGCACGAGUAAAAAAAAUGAUAAGGAUAGUUUGUUUAGCAAAAAAACAUUUUUGGGUGGUUGCUUGCACUUAAAUAUUGUUUUAGUGAACAAUAACUGAUGACUAAUUGAGUCAAAUCAGCUUUCACAGAAUAUAGCAUUCUGUUAUAUGAGCAUUUACAAACGUAGAAGCUUUUUAUUAAUUAUUUUUUUUUGUUUUUUUUUCCCAUCUCACUCUUCAUUUCUCACACUCCACAUUUUUUACCCUCUGCACUCUGUGUCCACCGAACCUUGCCUUAUUUAGUUUGAUUCAUGUUUCUAGUAUGGUACAAUACAUUGUACUUUCCCUUCUGUGAUUUUGUAAAGCUGCUACAGCGUGCAAAGAAAGUCGUGUCCGACAGCCCGGGGCUAGAGGAUUUUGCUAUCGGGCUAGUGUUUUUUGUUCUUAACUUGCCCGAUGGGCAAGUGCUGUUUUGGGGGGAAAUUCAAAUUACAGAAGGAUUGUUAUCAAUCCUGCCAAUCAAAAAGGGCUUUGGGGCUAGUUGAAAUGACUUGUGGGCUAGUACAUGCUAUCUACAGCUUGCCCGAAUGGCAGGCUGUAAAACUGACUUUCUUUGCACCCUGUGCUACUGGACAUGUUAGGAACCAACCUGGCCUAAAUAAUAAUAAAUUACAGGAAUUUUUAUCAGCAGCAUCUGUCUGUAGAAUACUGGGCAGAAGAAGUCUUACAGUGUCAAUAAGAAAUGACAACAGUUUAAGUGCAUUCUUUUCGCAUAAAUGGCUUUUGCGAAUUCAUUGGUGCCCAGUGAAGAUGUUGAUGUUGAUUUUAUUGCUUCUGUAGUAUACCAGUGCUGGUGCAGUGGUGGUUUGCUUGAGAUUGUAUCAGACAUUGCGUAGAAUUAAAGUGAGCUACAGAAAUGUUUGUUAGGUGUGCAAGGACUUACUGAGCCAAUAACAGGAAGAAGAAUUUGUUCAAUUACAUUAACUUUGCAUUAUUCUAUUUAUUUUUAUUUAUUUUUUAAUGUUUUGAAAAUGCCUCAGGAAAAUAUCCCUACAUAUGGUGGUCAUCAAACUCACUGGUGGGACCCAAGGACAUGGCCCCCUUCAUACACGUCAGAAAGACAGGUACAUUUACAUUUUAGCAUCCCACAGCGACGUUCAGAGGGCUAUAUUGUAGUGUUCCUCCCCCAUGAACAUUCAUGAGAGAGAAACGUGUUAUAAAGCCCAAAAAGCGUCAGCCAGUAAAUUGUGAUUUUUAUUUUCAAGUGUGUUUCUUUUGAGCUUUUUUCGACGGAUAACGCCCUCCUCGAUCUCCAUAAUUCUUCAUAUGAUUCAAUAAGUGUUUAUUAUUCAUUCAAAAUAAUUCGUAGUUUAAAAACGUGGCUAGAACAUCUUCGAUAGUGCACGUUUAGGGUUGUUCAGCUCCGCAAAUAUUCUCCAAAUAGCACAUGUCGUCCUUCGAGUUGUCUUCUUGCUGUUCUUACCAUGUCUUUAGCUAUUAUUUCGCCUAGUUCUUAUUCUUGAAACAAGUGAAAUGUCCGCCAUUUUUGUUUUCACAAACAAAACAACUCAACCUCGUCCCCAGGCCUUCUCGGUUAACGGUGCAUUAACCUACAAGAUAGCUGCACUUUUGACGUCAUCGGUUCAUUAAACGUAAAAUUCUUCCAAAUUUGGUCAUCAGUAGCUGGUUAUGGUGAAUUAUGCGUGUGCUUUUAGCCAAUCAGAAUUGGGGAAAUAUUUUGAAUGAAUAAUAAUUAUUAUUCUCGGAGGGUGUUAUCCACCUCGGCCGUAACACCCUCCUCGAUCUCCAUAAUUCUUCAUAAGAUACUCAGCCUCAUUCAUUAAUUGUUAAAUAAACUGAAUUAAGAGUCUCGUGUAUUUGUGUUAAUAGAGAGCUUUAGAUUUUAAGACGAGGUCGAAUACGAGAGCGAGAUUUUCCCAAUUCUACAUCAUUUUGGCUGGAAAAUGUGAUAGCCAUCAUUAUUCUUCUUCCAGUUUAAAGAGAAUGUCGUAGUGGCGAAAACAAAUUACCAAAUGUUAGGAAUUUUAUCAUUUAGCGAUCGGGAGAGGGUGUUACCUCCUUCAACAGAAAUAAGUGAACUAACUUUUGUGGUGAAAAAAAGGACAAUGAUGCUUUUCGGCGUGUCUAUUUUUAGAGAAUAGGUGAAGAAACCUAAGAUUAAAUGUCGUCUUCAUAGUCGUCCUUGUCCUUGAAUCUAAAGCUCUCUAAUAUCAGUGGGCCCAUGAUCUAAGUAUAUAAAGUACAUAUAUAUAAUUUUUCCAUCAAAUUUAUAAAUUGGCGAAGAUUAAUUGCUGGUUAACUCAUUGUCUGUCUUGUUUGUAUACCUGCAGUCCCUGAUGGCAGGACCUGGCCAAACAAACUACAACACCCUGGAACGCCUCCCUGAGAAUGUUGUUGCGGAGGAACCUGUUCAACCAAUCCGUGAGCCAGAUGAAUACCCAGGUGUGCAGGGAACUCUGGGAAGCAUUAUGAUGUUCCUGAUGAGGCAGAGCUACAUUGCAGCCCUCAUUAUAAUGAUGGUAAAGUUGUGUUACAUUGAGUUCGAGACUCAGAAUUUUGGGUCGAUUAUUGAAACAAAGUUUAAAGCUGGGUUAAGGAAGUGAUCAUCUAGCGCAGGACUUAGUCCAAGUUUCCAGUUAUUAAAGCAGCUUUUACCUUAGACCUCGUGUAGAAGACUUGAAAACAUCAUGGUUUACUAAACCUGAUAAUGCGGUAAUAGAAUUGAGGUUUCCAAAACUUUUAGUAACUCCAAAACAUCGCGACAGAAUUCAUAUUAACUCUGUACAUAAAAAAGGAAACUUUACCAUACCAUUUUAGUAUUUAACAGUAAAAAUCGUGGCCGUGUCUUUCAUUGUAACCUUUUAAAACUAUGUAAGAGAUUUUUAUGGUUUUACCGUAAUGUUGCUAUGUUGCUUGUAAUGUAAAAGAAACGACCUUAGUAAAUUCACUAAUAUAUGUAAUUAGGCAUUUGUUUGACAUUUUUCUUGAAGGGUUAAAUGAAAAAGUGUUGUAGUUUUGAUCCCCCUAGUGUGAAAAAAGCUGGAAAUAAUCUUGAGCCAUAUUCAAACCCUGACGAACUUUGUUUCUUGCAGGCUUGGAGUAUUACAUACCAUUCAUGGCUGACAUUUGUUCUUCUCCUUUGGGCGUGUCUUAUCUGGAUCACCCCAUUCGCACGGUGGUUCUGUAUGGUCUCCUCGCCGGGACUUGUGAUCUAUGCUGAGUUGUUGCUUCUUGUUCAGUAUGUUUAUGGCCUUCAACUGACUGAUGAUGAGUUACCACUGCAGGACCCCACUGGAACAUUUGAUUAUGCUGAACUGGGACUGAAGAAAUGGCAAUUUCCCUGUCUACACUUGGGUGCUCAAGUAAGUUACUGGGCUCAAAUGUCGUCUUUGUAAGGGGUUUUUGGAGGGCUUAUAAAAGGAGGGGCUUAUGUCCGAGGAGGCUUAUAACAAGAAUAAACAAAAACGCUUUAGAAACACGCUAUAGCAGUGCUGAUCAAAGUACAUUUUGUAUUUACUAAGGUUUAAUCAAGCUUCAAAAAGUCUUGAAUUUGGAGGGAGGGGCUUAUAAUCGGAUGUAUUUUUUUUGUUUACGGGUAGAUGGACCUUUAACUUUGAAGGGGGAGGGUGGGUAGAGUGGGCUAACUAGCGGCAGUUAAUAGUAUGUCAUUAAUGUCAUGCAAACGCAUUUUUACCAGGCUGUGUAGCAGCCCUCACGCGUCUCCUUCGUGUCUCCUGCGCGUCUCCCGUUUGUCUAAAAGAGAAUGGAAAAGGACUGCUACGUAGGCUACUUUUCUACACAGAAGUGCCAUGUUCUGCUAAAAGAAAAUAAUGUUUAGGUUCGUUCCUGACAACCUUAGCUUCUUGACGUUAGACAUUUAAGCCAACAGACUAAAGGACCACUGGCCGAAUAGAAUACGAUUACAUCUAGUUGUUCAUUUUCCACAGGGAUAGUUAAACGAACGAACGCGUAGGAAAAUUGACGCGCGCCAGGAGAAGCGAAACGCGCAGGAGGGAAAGAAAAUGGGUUGUUAUUUUCACGCGCGCUCGCGUAUUUCCCUUUCUCUUUAAUGCCUUAGGAAAAUGAUGGAGUACUUAUUAAUAUAGUCUACUGACAGAAAGGCCUCUCAACCUACCCUUGUAACACUCAAGUAAUCCUGUGAUUUUUCAUAGACCCUCUUUACGUGGGUAUUCUGGGUGACAUUACGACAGCAUAUCAGGGAGAAGAAAAUGAAAAGAAGAGAAAGGGAAAAUGAAGGAUCGCUUCCACUGAGAAAUCUUGCACAUCCAUUUUUGAAGGCGCUUAGGAAAAUGUGUAAGUAUCCAAUGUAUGCACACUGUACAUAUAUGUUUUCAGUUUUGUUUGACUAAAAUCAGAGAAUCUUAAUUUGUUAUCAUUAAACGUAAUUGCAUUACUAAAUGUAAAAACAAAGAGCUGUUUGGUUUUAUAAAUAAAAGUCUUAAAAAUAAGUUACCAAUUAAGUGUACUUUUCCCGAGAUAAAACGCAUGUACGGCUUCAUGCUGUUAAAAAUAUAAUACCUGAUUCAUUGUUCCUCUUUGUCUUGAUGGAUUAAAAUUGAACUUCGUGGUCUAUUGUGUUUAUGUCCCUUGAGCUUCACAAUCAAGUUGAAUUUUAGUGCUUCGAAAAAAGUCUUAUCCCCGUACUAUGUUAGCGCAUAAAUGGACUAAUGGAGUUUGCGAUUGUGAUAAAAAAUAAUACAUUUUAAAUCUUGUUCUUGUUAACACUUGCUAAAAUAUGUGCUUUCUCUUUAAACAAAAGCCUCCUUGGGAACAUCGUCUUCCUCAGGUAUUAAAAAUAAAUCUUACUGCUUAUUUCAUUUACAUUGAAGUGCUUGUUGGUUGAAUAUUUUUUUUGAAUUACUUUAAAAUCUUAAAAGUUUCAUUUAUGAUUGUUUGAAAUAUUAAAACAGUAAAUUCAGUGGUCAAAUUUCUUAGAACCCUAAACUGAUUUUAAUGGUUAUUAGUGAUCUAACUUAACAAGAUUUUGGUGAAACAAUUAAAAAUGUAUAAACAUUUAAAGUGAAAUAAGUCAUAAAAAAAUUUUCGUAUGUAAUGUUAAUGUAUACUAGUGCAAAUUGUUAUAAUAAUUGAAUAUGAGUAUGUCCAAAACCUUUCUUUGACAUGCAGCUAAUCACUCUCUUAUUUGGAGGUGGGGAACCCCAGGUAGGUGAGGUAACCCGCUUGUCUAUACAAUCUCUUCUUUUAAUUUGAUCACGUUUACAUGAUUGGUGGGGUAACCCGCUACAUGUUACCUCACCUACCUGGGGUCCCCCACCUCCAUGUAAACAGGCCCUAAGUUGCAAAUUAAUUUCGUGGUGUGCGAACGGCGCCACCAUCUAAUGACGUACAUUGUAAUGCAAAGGAUUGGAUGACCUACAGUCGAGAUACAGGGGGGUCCAUACCUCCCGCCUCCCGUACCCCUUCCGCCCCCUAUUCUCCUGGGCUCCCAUCCCCCUGUCCCCUAUCACACCGUAGCUAACCAGCGAUAACUUUCUUAACGCCAGUGAACAUCCAACUUUGUGUACUUGUCAUGCAAUUAAAGGUGAAUGACUGCUACGUUUGCGUAAAACGAUUGUUUCUCGUUUAGUCGUUUUGAGAAAUUUCUUUGCACUUUGCCAUUGUGUUCAUUACAGAUAUAUUUACGCUGGGAAACAUUUAAACUGCGGCUACUUCUUUCUUCUUUUUUCUGCGUUCCUACUUUAAAUAUAAGCUAAGGUCUUGGUCCCAGUGGUUCCAAAGGUUUUCAGCGCUAUCCACUCCUUGAAUUUCUGUACAGUGGAUAAUGCAACUGGACAGCUAUUUAUCUGGCCCCCGUUGUUCAAACGCUGGACAGCUCUAUCGGAAACCCAUGGCGUUAUCCACUGGAUGAUAGCGUUAUCCACUUUUGAACUACUGGGCCCUGGUGUUUAGCGCUAUCAAGCUCUCUAACAACUGGGACCUGAUACUGAAACUGAAACUGUACUAUUGAUCAUUGCCAUUGUCGUAAUGUUUUGCGUCUUUUAAAAUAUUUAAACACAAUUUAGCUGUUAAUGAAGAAGGCGAUGCCCUGGAUCCUAAAGCCUCCGAUGACGCAAAAGCGCUCAUGAUGUGGGUGAAAUCCGUGCUCGCAAAGUACUGGAUCCUACUCUGCUGUGGCGCGUUCUUACUGGUCGGUUUGCAGAACGAGGUGUCAGUUUAUCAGAUUGGAUACAUGGCGAUAUUCCUGUUUAUACUCAUCUGUUAUCAGGUAAUUGAUCAUUUUACAGACUGGUCUGUAAUGUUAUUGUUCUGCGGUUUUCCACUGUAGUCCAGGCCUUAUCGUACAUAAAUGUAUUCCUAUUAAUCUUGUGACUGAUAUGUGACUUGUUGAAUCUUAUACGUUCGUCCUGUUUGAUCGGAACUACAACAGAACUGACCCUGAAUGUGGUCGAUAAGUUAGAGAGCUAGGACUCCAGGCAUAGCCACAAAUUUUCCCCCAAAAUUCCGAAUUUUGUUUUGUUUAAAGACCAAGUGAGGACAACAAUAGAGAGAUUAAGAGUCACACGUCUACAGCAAACUGCAAACGUCAGAUUAAAGUUGAUAAUUUCUCAAAAUAAACAGCAAAUAAAAGCAAUCUAAAACAAUUCUUAUUGACAAAACUUAUUUAUUUGGUUAUUUAUGUAAGGAUUAAAAGCUACGCUAUUAAAACAUGACGUUUCGGCGACAUGUCACCAUUAUUAAAUGUAAAGGAAAGUGACUAUGAACCGAUAUAUACAUAUAUAGGAAACGAAAGUGUGAAACACAACAUUAAAUUUGAAGAACAAAAGAAUGAAAUAAAUAAGUCAAAAGUUUUGCAGGAAUGGAGUCGGUAUGAGUGUUUAAGGGUGGUCUCUCUUCCUUAAUUAACAACAUCUCAUAAUUAAAUGAGGCACUCAAACUUUUCCUCGACAUUUCUGGAGGAUCUUAAAUUCACGUUUGCCGUUUGCCGUAAACGUGACUAAAAAUCUCUCUAAUAGCUCCCUUUCAAAGUAUCCUGAAAUAGAUUCUCAAUUAAAAGAUCGUCUCCACAAAUUCAGUUAGUUAUUGCUUGAAAGCGUGGGGGACUCCAUACUGUUAAGAGUCCCAUUUUUCAAUAAGAUUGUCAAGAUCGAGUGCAUACAGGCUGCCAUGGUGGUUUCAAACGUAUCGAGGGGAUGGGCGUCGGGGUUUUGUAGCGGUGGUGGGAGGCAAGCCGUCCCCCACCCUCUAAGUAGAUUUGAUACUCUUCCCUAGGCCAGACUUCGUACAUUUGAAGCCAAGAUGGCCGCCUGCAAGGGCAGGUGCUCGAAAAAUAUCGGACUGCCAGAUUCUAGAAUACCUACGUUUUCUAGCUUUUCCGAAACUUUUAAGUAGCUAAACUUUGGGAGACACUCUUUUAAAUUGAGAAGUAAAAUUUUGGAAUACUUUGAAAGGGAGCUACUGUUUAUGGUCUUAAUGUUUUUGUUUGUUGAUAGAUAUCUAUCGCUACAUGGAGACUGAUUCUGCGUCCUCUGUGGUGGGUGAUGGUAAUCUACUCGAUAUGUAUCUUGCUGUUGAUAUACACCUAUCAGUUUGACAACAUGCCUGUGUAUUGGCAUAAUGCCACUGGACUAUCGGACCAAUGGUAAGUAUUUAAAUCCCACAAGGAUGAUGAUGAAUUACGGUAGAUCUAAAGUCUUAAAAGCCAUAUUUUUUAUGACAGGUUUGGGCAGCCUUAUCCGGACUACACUUUCGACGGUGGUUUUUUGUCCUAAUAAUCAGUAGUGAUGACCAUGUAUUGUUUUAAUGUUUCUCCUUUUUACGAAGUGGAUUUCAAUCUCAGGUUUCAGCGCAUACCGGUUUGGAUACAACAGCGCGGAAGUUAUGCUCCGUGACUUUCAUCCAAAAGGACACACUUAGGGUUACAUCGAUAGCAUAAAAAUGUUUGUGUUACCACCUUCUUUAGUAUUGACAGAGCAAUUUUAGUGAUAGGUGUGAGUGGCUAAUGGCUGUCGUUGAGAGGAUCUUAAGUUGUGAGCACCCUCACCUACUGUAUGUGUUUAAGACGCAUCAGCAGGGCUGUCACUAAGGGCCCUGGGGCCCGUUUCUCGAUAGGCCCGGGAACUUUUCUGGCGGUUAGCAUUAGGUAACAUCGGCUGAAGUCAGAUUGUUUCUUUCAGUAAAAUUACAUGAAGAACAAAUAGAAAAAAUCCACUGUAAUGCUUUGAACCCGGGUCACUUGCUUUAUAGCCGACAUCCAUCUCCACGACACCAUCCACGAUUAGCUGCCAAAUCCAAUAAUUUUGAAAAUAUACAUGUUCUUAUGCCGUACCCCAGGCAAUAUUUGAAAGCUAACCGUUUACAGUUCAGUGCUUAACCCUAAUUACUGCAGAUCAGUGCUUAACUCUCUACUGUGUUCUCUCCAUAACUUGCGCUCUGUAGUUUUGGUUUCCUCAGCUAUUCUAGCCUCAUUCUACAUUCCAACCUCGUUCCAUUAUGGAAAUAAUGCGUUGUGUAAAAUUCAUUAGGUGUCCAAUCUGGCUUCACUCGAUGUUAUCUAACGCUAACCUUUUCUGGCCCGAAGGCAAAUUUUUAAUUUCCAAACCUGUUGAAUAGAAGCACAGUUCGUAGCCCACAAACCUGUCAAUCUUCCUCAUAGCAAACAAGAGGAAAAUUCCCCAAGCCCCAGGGAAGGGGAUUUGCCUCGGCUAUUAAAAGAAUGAUCUCCGGCAACUCUCAUAGGAAACAAAAAUGAAGACAAUUCCUAGAAAUCUUAGUGACAGCCCUGUUGCCUUAGUAGAGUAGUCUGCUGUUCAGUAGUUUGUGUACUAGCGUGUUCACGUUCUAGGAUUUCAUUCAGUCGCGCAUAAUUGGAAACUAGACACAAGAAAAAUAGUGCUUCAAAUUUCACGCUUAACGUCUGAUGGGUUUCUUAAUCUGGUCAUUUGACACCUGAGAAGGUUACGUACCGUCGGUUGCAUCUAAGCGUGGACACGAGACAAAAAAACAUGUUCUGGUAGGGUGGUUGACAGGACGUGUUUUGCCGCCAAACAUUUGAAACUUGACAACCGUUAAAGCAAACUGUCGCGCCUAAGGUAAGUUGUUUACAUGUUUUUGAUCAGCGCGUUCCGUUCAUAUUUCAUUUUUCUCAACGUUCAGGCAUAUUUCUCGUUCAGAAGCAGCACACUUGCCUCCAGAAAUUAUUCUUAACGUCCAAGAAUUCUUGCAAAGAAUAUUGUGUUAAGCUAAAAUAAAUCAAGUCGACAACAGGAGCCUACUCCAAACUUCGCUUUUUUGGCGGCAAAACAUGUCCUGUUUGCAUCCAAUUAGAACAUGUUUUUUUUCUCACGUGUACAUUCCUAGAUGCAACCGACGUUCGUUGUACUCCAUUUUAAGUGUAAGGCCAACUGGUAAACUUUCUUUGAGAACUGCAGAGAAAUUCACUUGCCUUUUCUUUGUUUGACGUCAGGUUGUACAACCUUGGUCUUCGUCAACACACCAAAGCCAGUCUGCUACUGGAGCUUCUUACUCCCACUGCCUUUUCAAUCGUCAUUGUUAUACAACUACACUUCUUCCAUCGUCCAUUUUUGGCCAUGAUAGAUCUGCGAGUAAGACCUCACUCCACAUCUUACCAAUCGUCUGCCAGAAAUGCUGUAGAACCCGAGAAUGGCCCCUCCACCUCACAACAACACGAAGGUGCCACGCCUUCAGAGACUCCGAGGGAGCAUAGGCCGAGUACCCAGAAGUCCCUUCUGGUUGCGGCACUUGUCAAGAUUGCCAACUUUUAUAACGAGUUAACCGUGUUUCUAUGGAGAGUUGGCGAGCUACACAUGUUGAAAAUUGUGAAUUUGACGUUGAUCUGUGUGGUGCUCUAUCAGGUCAGAUUUCGUUUUAUGUUCCCCUUUACCUCAUUGUGGUUACAGUAUAUAUUAUGCUAUCGAGUGAGUAUAAAAUCCUCAGAACACUAAAGUUGCAGUCAAUAUUUUAUCUGAGUCCGAUAUAGUCUGAAUAAGUUGGCUACAGCGGUUUUUUCGCGAUUCACUCCAACCAACGGCCAAAGUAAGAUGGAUCCGCAUUUUGGCGAACACCGGAUUUUGUGUGUGCUGAACAAGGAAAGUAUUAAAAACGUUUGUAAGUGACAGCAAGAUUAAGGUCAAGGAAAACUUGAAAAGGUCAUAAUAUAUUGAUUUACCAGAUGGCUGCAAAUUCGAAGGAUCGUCUUUCUCGAAAACUCCCCAAUUAUCUUCAGAAUCUUCAUUUACUUCAAUUCACUAUACCUUCGUUAUAGUUAGAUAGUUAUAGUUAGAUCGCCUAAUUCCACAAAACACAAAACAAUGAACAGAAUCAGGGAGAAGGCUGAGUAAACAAACUGGCGUCACAUGACGUCUUCAGCCUUUCUUUCAUCCUUCACUCGUUCCCAGUCUCUGCGACAAUUCUGAAGGGGGAAAGCAGUUUUUGGAUGCCCAAAAUUCAAGACACUUUUUUUGGAGACAUUUUUAAAGUUCAAAAAUUAUUGUUGAUUAAACUUAUCUUUGGACCAAAUUCAGUUAGAAAAAAUUUCGCGUAAUAUACACUCUAGCCUGACUUCACUCCUUAAUUUGCCAAACUUAUUUUGACCUUAUUAUAAUCGUCUACUUUCAUGGCUUGUUUCUUCCAGGUGUGCGCGAUAAACGCAGUUAUCAUCAUCCUGCUUGGCAUAUCCAUGCCGUCUCGUCUUCUUCAAAGGGCUUUAUCCUACUGCUUUCUAAUCUGGAGCUCACUCGUGAUUCUGAGUAAAAUGAUUUAUCAGCUAAGAUUUGUGCAGGCGGAUUUAUUCCAACACAAUUGUACUGACCAGGUGAGUAUAAACGUUUUAAUUUACAGGGAUAAAAAUUUUUUGAAUACGAAUAGAUCUUGGACCUACCGAGAAAAGAAAGAAAAGCAGGUUUGAAACCUUUGUCAUUCCCAGGCAGCCUGGUAUUGUGAAAUCAUUUAAGCUACAGUCUAGGAAUGUUGGGACAAUUUGUCUUUCAUGAAUGAAGAUUGUAAAUCGUCUCCACUCCCCCACUCCCUGGACAGUUUUGGGUUUUAGUAGCGAAAAACUCUGGUUUUUGACAUCCAUUUUGUUUAGGGGGAUGGAGUGGGGGAGCCUUGUUUAGGUCGUGUUUAGGAAUGUGCGUCGCUGGUUACUUGCACAAUCAACACAAAAACAAGAGAGAAGAGGGAAGCAUCCCCAAAGCUUUUGGCGAGGAUUUUAGUGGAGUCUCUGAGUCGUUAUUUUGCGAUGGCAAUUUCAACGACCAUGGCGGUUCACGUGAGCUGAUGUAAAGGACCUGUUGGCCACUUUCAGGCUGGGUCUUGAGACUGUGUCCGAGGUGUGUUGCAUUGCACUCUGGGACUGUUAUGGGAGGCAAAUUUAACAACAGGCAUUUCCUAGUUCCAAAAACGGUCGCUUUCAAAACGAGGCUAAUUUCAAAACCCUUGUUUUGAAAAUGAGUUUUUUUUGCAUGAGCAUUAACAUUUGAAUAGCCUCGCACUUAGCCUCGCUUUAGGGCAACUCGAAACUGGCCUAUUGUACUCGUACAGUGGAACCUCGAUAUAACGAUCCUCUAUAUGACGAAGUCCUCGGUAUAACGAAGGAUUUUCUUUACCCCAGUAAUAGUCAAGUAUUUGAAAAAGAACCUCGGUAUAGCGAACAAACUUUGCCAGUCCCUUGGCCCUUCGUUAUAUCGAGAUUCCACUGUAACAGGCAAAAAAAGAAGCGCUAAUGGUCCCUAAACAGUCCUACACCGACUAAGAUUCAUGCAAAACCGAAUAAUGUUCAAUGGCACCUGCUUCACUUCAAGGGCAAAUAGGUUUUUGAAACUUCGUAGAGCUGCCAGACUUCUAAAACAAAACUCCUAUUUUCUUUCGUCUUCAGAGUUUGCCUCGACCGUCUUCCUUAAAUCACUUUAUCAACAACGCAUUGUGGGUUGGAUUCUAUAAGACGGACAGCAUCUCUGAAGAUAUAAAGGUGAGUUUGAAAUCAUUAAUUUGCAUCGCUUGGCGUUCGUUAUUUUAGUUACGCUUUUCAGUGUGAUGACUUUUCAAGAGUUUUAUUUAAUUUCGCGUUACUUCCUUUAUGCAAUAGGUUGAAACCCGAAAAAGCUACAAUCAUAGGCAAAAGUCUUGGGACACUUUUGCAUUUCUGGGGCGUUUUCCAGUUCACAUAGGCCCAACCCCUCUCCUCACCCCACAAGCAACGUUGGACUCGUUUAUACAUAAUUUUUCCAAGUUCCAACGGUGUAUAAGGUAAGGGGUGGGGGAGGGGGACCUGCAAGAAAGUUUCGAAAAGGAUGCACGGCUUUAUGACGGAAAACAGAAAUUACAGAAAAUUAUGAAUACUGCAUUACUGUCCCGAGGACUUCUGUCCAUGAUUGUAGCUGUCAGCCAGCUGGCGACAUCCAAAGGAGAUUUAGAAUCACGUCCUCGGCAAACGAAAAAUACAAAUACAAAUACAAAUGACUUUAUUGAUUCUCCAACAAAAGGGUUUCAGAAUCAGUUUACAAGUAUUAACAUUACAAUGAGGUAAAAGAAUUUACAACAGUGAUAAAACAAUAGAUAAGAAAUAAAAACAUCUAGUUAAAAUAGAACAAAGACAGUAUUAACCCUCUAGCCCUGACUUUUCUAAUAAAACAUGUUUUAGUGACAGUUAAAACUGGGAAAGGGAGAGCGAGUUUCGAAUGUUGCUAGGUAACGACUUCCAAAAGGUAGUAGAUCUAUAUACGAGUACGAGCUCCCUGAAAACGCCUGCUUGGGAGGCAAAUGUCAAUGCCGCUUUACUUGUUUAGCUGCCCCGAAGAAAUUUUUCAGCUGCUUUCCCUGGGCCGGGAGCUGGUAUCUAUUUUAUACCUCGCUAAAUCACGUGGAUGAUCACGCAGUGAAAUCUUUCUCCCUCCCCCGCUCCCUCCCUUUUGGAUGAACUCCUCGUUUGUAAUUAUUUACUAGCUUAAAAUAUGGUGUUGUGUCAAAAUGAAGCGAGUGCGCGGAGCACAGUUCAGUGUGUAAAUGUAACGUAGGGAAUAAUGAAUAAUGGAAAAAGAAAACAAUUAUUAUGAAUUAAGUGCUUGGUAAAUCGUGACCUCUUGCAGUUGGUUUUUACUCAUUGUUUUGUACUUUGUCUCCGUUUUAAUGCUAGGGAUACCUGUUGAUUGUAAUAGUCAUCGUAUUACACGCAGUCAUUAAACAUCAUCAGGUAAAAGUCAAAACAAGUCCAAAAAUAGACCCCUCCACGGUUUUUCGACUUUUGGUAAAGACCAGUAAGCGAAUAUUCAUUGACACUGCUGGAUAGAGCGUCUUAAAAUUAGUACAUUUACCACGUUUAACGGUGAUACGUCCAAAGCGAGCUAAGAUAUUGCUCCACAAAGAAACGAAAUUUUACAGACGUUUGUGUCAACGAAUCACUUUUAAACUUGGCAACUUCACUGAUUUUUAAGGCGAUUUUAUAGCCUUGUUGACGGAUUUUCUCUUACUGGACCCAGUCAGAAGUUGAAAAAAACCGAGGACGGGUCUAGUUUUGGACAUUUUCGAUUUUUUUUUUUCGUUCAAAGCAGUGACUCUUUUGUCUCGUUAUAAUACCGUGAACUUCCGCUCAUAAGCCCCCCACCCAGUUAUUUGUCCAUUUAACCCGUAUAUAAGCCCCCCCCCCUCUAGAUUGUAUUGAAAUGAACUGGAUUUGUACGACGUUUUGAAGCUUAAAGAGACGAGUAAAUUCCAAAAGUAUUUUGAUCCGCACUGCUAUGUUCCUUCUUCAGGAUUCGCACAAUCUUGAAAAGUCCUUGAAAUCCAUUUUUCCUUGACAGGUCCUUAAAUUUUCUUCAACUUUGAAUUUAGUGGCGUGGAAAGUGUUUUUUGAUGUUUUUGUGGUUGUCCGAGACAAUAAUUAUGAAUCACACCUCAGAGAAUUUAAAGGUUAUUCACACAAAGUGCUCAAUGCUUUAUGCAAUAAUUAACUGUCAAUUUAAGACAAGUGAGCUGAAAAAUGUAGAGAAGUUGGUGAAGCAAACAGUUCAAGUCUUAAAGCCUUAUAAGAAUAGACUGGGAAUGUGCACUUUUGUACAAUCUGUGAAAAUAUAUUCCUAGGUGGUCCUUGAAAAUCAAAUGUGAUACUUGAAAAGUCCUUGAAAAAUGGUUUCAAUUUUUUGUAUGAACACUGUCGUUUCGAAACGCUUUUUUUAGUCCGGUUAUAAGCCCCCUCGGAGGUAAGCCCCUCCAUAAAGAAAUACUUAUACUUUUUUGGGCCCAGCGAAUUGCCAGGAUAUUUUAAUCAAGUGGGUGUAUUAUAUUUUUCCACUUCGAUAAUGAAAUGCAAAUUUAGAAAUCUUACUAUUACCAGACAGCUGACCUUGAAAAGUCUUCGAAAAACUAUCAGGUCUCGUUUAAAAUCCAAGAAUUUCUUGAAUAUCGUUGAAUGAAUUACUCCCGUACUCCUUAAAUUAUUGAAAAUUCUUUAAAUUUCUUCAAUAACGUAGACGUGGUUAAACAGCUUUUUGCAAGCAGAACUGUCUUGUCUUGUCUUCUUUUCUUUUGUUUUUGUAAAUUCGGCAGUUACCGUAAAAGACAGACACAAUUUGAACAGAAUUCAAACAUUUGUAUUAAUUUUCUUUCCGUAUAAGUAUAUGUUUUUGGAAAAAAUCAAAUAGAUUUAAAUUCGCCAUUAAAAAGGAAGCUUCAUUGCAUUGAAACAGCAGUACAAUACGCCUUUAAUGUUGAAAAUAUCCUUUUGGCCAUUUUUAUCAAUGCUAAUUGGCGGAAAACAGGUCCAAAAAAAGGAUUUGGUUAAAAGGCGGUUUUCUUGCCGUUGCCAAAGUGUUGAAUUAAAGUUUUGUUUCGCAAAUGAAUAUAUUUUUUCAUUGUAAAGAAAGCCGGAAUGAAACGCUCUCUCUUGAACUGAAUUUUUUUUUAUCUUAGCGCCUAUGAUACGAUAUGUGCUACGCGAUAUGUGCUUAUAUAUGUGGGUGCUGUGUCCUAUUUUAGCAACACUUUUCCGUAAAGUGCUGUAGACGAUGGUUCUAGUUUUGAACUUGGAAACAAUCCUGGCUAUCGUAAGUGCGAUUCCAUUUCAGUCAAGCUUACGUGCUCUGCUUUCCUGUGGCUUAGUUUGUUGUAUCUUAUCAAGUGGUUUUACCUUUAAUGAAGUGCGGAUAGUCUGUCGUACUUUCAUUGUAUUCAUUCUUAUCACUGACGUCAUUACGUACUAUUGCAAAUUAUUUCGGCCACAUUCAGUAAGAAAUAAAAAAGAGGAUUAGUUGAAGUACAAUUUAAUUUAAACCCAUUGCCACUUAUAUAGCAGCUGGUCAGGUUUGAUUGGAUUGUUUUCUUUAAUUUUCUACCCAUACCGCUAAGUAAAAAUUGCGUACACUAGUACUGUUUGUUUAUUUUUCCAGUAUCUGAAUUUGAUUGUAAUCUCACUAAUGACAAUGUUAAAUUUGGAGUUAAGUUAAGAUCGAUAAUAAGCUAUCCGCGUAAUUGUCUUAUGACAUUUUUGUUUCAGAUAUAAGAAAUUUAAAUCCUUUAAUAAUCCUGAAGAUUUAUAAUAAAACUACUUCUGAAACCUUUCAAAAACAGUUGAAGCCUAGGUGUGCAUACUUCAUGCCUUGAAAGUGCUUGUUUGCCAGUCAGUUUUAGCAAGGCUUUAUCAUGGACCACAACCAGACAGAAACGACCAUCGUCUCAUCAAAUGCGACCAAGUCAUUGUUUUAUUGCCCACAUGCUCCACGAUUAAUAUGGGACGUGCAUGACACCAUUUCUCCUUGGAUAUUUGCUGCUGUUGCAUCUAUAAUAUCACCCGCUGCAGUUCUUUUGAACGCGUUAGUUAUCAUAGCAGUUACGAAAAGGAGAGAACUGCAGAAACCUUCCAAUAUCCUGUUGUCAAGUAUGGCCGUUACGGACCUUCUUAUAGGUGCUAUAUCUAUACCGUUAUCUGCUAUAGAUGGAUUCUUACUUCCCUAUCAAAUUGUUGCUGCUCAACAUAUUUGCACGCUCGACGUGGCAACAGUGUGGUUGUCACUCACUCUGACAUUUUGUUCGCUGUUCCAUCUGGUGCUGAUUGCAUGGGAGAGAUACGUGGCCAUUCGAAAAUGGAGGUACCACAGAGAUACACUGACUAAAAGCCGCUUGAAAAAGCUGGCAGCGAUAGCUUGGACUUCAGGACCAGUAUUCGUUGUGAGCCCAUUUGUUUUUUCCACAGCGACCAAUGGAAAGACUAACAUUGCAGUUUUUGUUGUUUCAACAUGUCUGAUCCUGGCACUCAUCGUAUAUUUUUACGUCAUGGUGUACCUUGAAAUUCGCAAGCGAAAAUUCAAUCAGAUUCUUCAGGUCAGCGUGUUAGUGUUAUUGAAAACAGAAUACAGAGUUGCGAAGACCACUGCUUUGGUUACGGCAGCCUUGUUUCUUUCCUUCGUUCCUGUUGUUUCUCUCCCUUUUCUGGGAAGAGCUUUUCCCGUACUUCAAAAAAUGACGUCGUGGCGCGUAGUGGAAAUACUAGUGCUUUCUAACUCUUUAGUUAAUCCACUUAUUUACUGUUACAGAGACUGUCGUUUUAAGAAAGUUGUUCUCGAGUUAUUGAGGAUUAAAAACCCUAAACCAAAGAAUGCAGUGGACAUAGUGAGAUUCACUGAACGAACAGAUGUAGAUGGUCCACUGAAAGAUAGGAUGGAGAUCGUACAAGAAGUAGAUAAAAAUAUCCGUUUGGCGAGAUCAGCAUCUUUGGAUUUGACCCGACUUUGUGAUCGACCUUACAUCGAGCCCAAUAAAAUGUUGGCUAAGAGAAGUAUGUCGACUCCGUAUAUACAUGUAAGUGGCAUUUCGGACGAAGACUAACUAGAAGCGUGUAAGACCAUCGGCCAUCGUGGUCCAUAGCACGAAGCUGUUUGAAGAACCUCAGCGAGAAUAUGAUUCAGACCUGCUGCCACAAAGAACCGAUCCUUAAGAUCGAUGACCAUCUUAAGAAACGGAUGAUAAGAGCAAAUAUCGAGCGAACAGACUAUUUUCCACACACGAUUGAGAGAAUUUCAGUAGAUUUUUUUUAUAUACAAGAAUAUAUUCUAUAAGAAUAUCAAGGCUGAAAUUUAGGAAAUUUUAAGAAUAUGUUAAGAAUAAACCUCAGGCUGCGAUUUUGAAAAGGAUAUAAUUUUGUGUGCUGAAAAUCUAUAAACAUACACAAUGGAAUAUGUUUUUAACUUACUCCUUUCUCUAAACGGCAACUUCCCUAGCCAACAAAACGAAAAAAAAAAACCCUCCACUAACUAUAUUGAUACCCCAAUAUAUUCUAAAACGGAAAUGUCAUAAGCUAUAAUUUAGGAAUAACACAAGAAUGCUUUCAGCCUAAAAUUGGCGAAAACAAUAAGAAUAUUCAGCAACAUUCUUAUAAAAUAUUCAUGUAUUGAUAUGCACGAACAUUCUUGUAAAAGAGAGUGUGUAACUACAUGUAAAAAAAACCUUUGCAUAAUUAUUAUCAGCAGGCGCAAGACUAGUUAGUCUUGGAAACGCGUACAAACACCGUAUCUAAGAAAAUCUUUGGAAUAGUCUUCCCACAACUCGUGUUUAAUUUAUAUCUGUCGAGACUACAAAUUGUUUCAAAAGUUCGCUCCGAUCUGCGCGAUACGAUAUAUUUUGAUUACAUUGAAUGAAUUAAGCAUUUGCAACCAGAAUGACUUUUUUUUAUUAUUUUUUUUCCAGACAUUUUCUAAGGAAGUUCACUAAUAUUAUUUAAGGAAACCUCCUCUUGCAUAAGACAGUUCUAAAUGAUUGAUAAUAUAUAACUACUAAAUAUGGACGGACGUUUUAAAGAGAUACUUUUACUUUUUUGGGCCCAGAGAAUCGACAGGAUAUUUUAAUCAAGUGCGUGUAUUAUAUUUUUCCACUUCAAUAAUGAAAUUCAAAUUUAGAAAUCUUACUGUUACCAAGCAGCUGGCCCUGAAAAGUCCGUUCGAAAAACCAGGUCCUGUUAAAAAUCCAAGAAUUUCUUGAAUAUCGUUAAAUUACUCUCCGACCGUACUCCUCUAAUUAUUGAAAAUUCUUGAAAUUUCUUGAACAACUUAGACGUGGUUAAACUGCUUUUUGCAAGCAGAAGUUUCUUAUCUAUUCUUCUUUUCUUUUCUUUUUGUAAAUUCGGCAGGUACCAUAAAGGAUAGAGACAAUUUUCAAACAUUUGUAUUAAUUUUUUUCUGUGGGAAAGUGACUCUAUUAAAUUUCGUACUAUAUAUAUUUUAUAAGUAUAGGUUCAGUUUUGGAAAACAUCAAAUAGAUUUAAAUUCGCCAUGAAAAAGGAAGCUUCGUUGCAUUGAAACGGCAGUACAAUACGCCUUUCAUGUUGGAAAUGCCCUUUUGACGAUUUUUAUCAAUUCUAAUUGACGGGAAACAGGUCCAAAAAAAGAUUUGAUUAAAAGGCGGUUUCUUUGCUCUCGCCGAAUUGUUAAAAUGAAGUUUUGUUUUGCAAUUUUUUUUUUCAUUGUCAAGAAAGCCGGAAUGAAACGCCCUCUCUUGAACUGAAUUUUCUUGGCGCCUAUGACAGCGCGGUACGUAUUUCUGUAUAAGGUUGCUGUGUCCUAUUUUAGCAACACUCUCCUUUAAAGUGUUGUAAUCGAUGGUCCUAGUUUUAAACUUGAAAGCAAUCCUGGCCAUCUUAAGUGCGAUUCCAAGCUUCCGUGCUCUGAUUUUCUGUGGCUUAGUUUGUGUUAUCUUAUUGAGUGGUUUUACCUUUAGUGAAGUCGACAUAAAUUCCGUCCUAGUGUUUUUGCAUUCAUUCUUAUCAGCAACGUCAUUACGAACUAUUGCCAAUUAUUUUAGCUAGCUUAAGUAAGAAGUAAAAAAGAGGAUUAGUUGAUGUGCAAUUCAAUUUAAACCUAUUGUUACUUCGCAGCUGGUCAGGUUUGAUUGGAUUGUUUUCUUUACUUUUCUACCCAUAUCGCUAAGUAACAAUGGCGUACACUGUGUGUUUGUUUGUUUAUUUAUUUUUUUUUCCAGUAUCUGAAUUAGAUUGUAAUCAUUAAUUUCCUAGUGAUAGCACUAAGCAAGAGUAAUGCAUUGAUUAACCAACUGAGUCCUGGUACCUUCACCUAUUGGGUACCUGUGGUCUUACUAAUGAGAGUGUUAAAUUUAGAAUUAAGUUAAGAUCGAUAAUGAGCUAUCCGUGUAAUUGUCUUUUGCCAUUUUUGUUUGAGAUAUAAAAGAUUUAAAUCUUUUAAUAACCGUAAAGAGUUACGUUGAAACCAAGGUGUGCAUACUUCAUAGCUUGAAAGUGCUUGUUUGUCAGUCAGUUUUAGGAAGUCUUGAAGCGUCCAUCAUGCCAUCGAAUACGAUUAACUCAGUGUUUUAUUGCCCACAUAUUCCACAAUUAAUAUGGGAUGUGCAUGACUCCAUUUCUCCUUGGAUAUUUGCCGCUGUUGCAUCUAUAAUCUCACCCGCUGCAGUUCUGUUGAACGCGUUAGUUAUCAUAGCAGUUAUGAAAAGGAGAGAACUACAGAAACUUUCCAAUAUCCUGUUGUCAAGUAUGGCCGUUACGGACCUUCUUGUAGGUGCUAUAUGUAUACCGUUGUCUGCUAUAGAUGGAUUCUUACUUCCCUAUCAAAUUGUUGCUGCUCAGCAUAUUUGCACGCUCGACGUGGCAACAGUGUGGUUCUCACUCACUCUGACAUUUUGUUCGCUGUUCCAUCUGGUGCUGAUUGCAUGGGAGAGAUACGUGGCCAUUCGAAAAUGGAGGUACCACAGAGAUACAGUGACUAAAAGCCGCUUAAUAAAGCUGGCAGCAAUAGCUUGGAUUUCAGGAACAGCUUUCGUUUUGAUCCCUUUCCUUAUUUCCAUAGCGGUCAGUGGACGGACUACGUUGGUAGUUUUUCUUGUUUCAACAUGUCUGAUCCUGGCACUCAUCGUAUAUUUUUACGUCAUGGUGUACCUUGAAAUUCGCAAGCGAAAAUUCAGUCAGAUUCUUCAGGUCAGCGUGUUAGUGUUAUUGAAAACAGAAUACAGAGUUGCGAAGACCACUGCUUUGGUUACGGCAGCCUUGUUUCUUUCCUUCGUCCCUGUUGUUUCUCUCCCUUUAUUGGGAAUAGUUUUUCCCGUACUUCGUAAAAUGUCGGCAUGGCGUGCAGUGGAAACACUAGUGCUUUUUAACUCUUUAGUUAACCCACUUAUUUAUUGUUAUAGAGACUGUCGUUUUAAGAAAGUUGUUCUUGAGUUAUUGAGGGUUAAAAAACCUAAACCAAAGAAUGCAGUGGACAUAGUGAGAUUCACUGAACGAACAGAUGUAGAUGGUCCACUGAAAGAUAGGAUGGAGAUCAUACAAGAAGUAGAUGAAAAUAUCCGUUUGACGAGAUCAGCAUCCUAUGAUUUGACCCGACUUUGUGAUCGACCUUAUAUCGAGCCCAGUAAAAUGUUGGCUAAGAGAAGUAUGUCGGCUCCGUAUAUACAUGUAGGUGGCAUUUCGGACGAAGAUUAACUAGACGCGUGCAAGAGCAUUGACCAUCGUGUUCCAUGGCGCCAAGAGCGCCGUUUGAAGUUUUUCAGCGAGAAUAUGAUUCAGAACUGCUUCCACAAAGAAGCGAUCCUUAGGAACGAUGACCAUCUUAGGAAACGGAAGAUAAGGGCAGAGGGCAAAUAUCGAGCGAACAGACUAUUUUCCACAGACGAUUGAGAGACUUUCAGCAUAUUCAUUGUUUAUAAGAAUAUAUUUUAUAAGAAUAUCGAGGCUGAAAUUUGCGAAAUUUUAAGAACAUCUUGAGAAAAAUCCCAGGCUGAGAUUUUGAACAGAGCAUAAUAUUGUGUGUUGAAAAUCUAUAAACUCAAUACAAAAUGUUUUUAACUUAACUUAACCAAACGGGAACUCCCCUAAUCAACAAAACGAAAAAACCUGCACUAAGGAUAAUUGAUACCCCAAUAUAUUCUAAAACAGAAAUGUCAUAAGCAAUAAUUUAACAAUAAUACAAGAAUACUUUCAGCCUAAAAUCAGCAUUUUAUAAGAAUAUCGAGGCUGAACUUUGCAGUAUCUUAAGAAUAAACCUCAGGCUGAGAUUUUGAACAGGAUAUAAUAUUGUGUGUUGAAAAUCUAUAAACUCAAUACAAAAUGUUUUUAACUUAACUUAACCAAACGGGAACUCCCCUAAUCAACAAAACGAAAAAACCUGCACUAAGGAUAAUUGAUACCCCAAUAUAUUCUAAAACAGAAAUGUCAUAAGCAAUAAUUUAACAAUAAUACAAGAAUAUUUUCAGCCUAAAAUCGGCCAAAGAAAAUAAGAAUAUUCAGCCCGGGCCCGAAAAACAACGCUCUUUCAAAACUAAAGUUGCGUAAGUAAAAACCUUUGUUUAAUUAUUAUUAGCAGUCGCGAGACUAGUUAGUCUUGGAAACAAAUACAAACACCUCAGCAGAUCUCUUGAAUAGGCAUAUCUUUAACUACUCUCUUCCCACAGCUCGAGCUUAGUUUAUAUCUGCCGAGACUACAAAUUGUUUCAAACGUUUGUUCCGAUUUAUUGUUCGCUUAAAUUUUAGUUGUUAUCAGACUACCAUUUCGAAAGUUAGUACACUCUUUUUUUUUAUAAGAAUGUUGUUUUUCCGGCCAGGCUGAAUAUUCUUAUUUUUCUGCCGAUUUUAGGCUGAAAAGAUUCUUGUAUUAUUCUUAAAUUUUAGCUUAUGAAUUUGUCAGAAUACUUUUUUGCGGUUUAGUUUAUGUCUUUUGUGCUGAAUACUGUACAUAUGUAUUACAUGUACCGUUUAUCAUGUCAUUAGCGUUGAACAUUUUGCUCUAGCUAGUGCAGGUUUUUUCGUUUUGUUGGCUAGUUUCGCCGUUCAGAGAAAGGAAUAAUUUUAUACGGUUAAGUUAAAAACAUAAAAUUGUAUUGUAUUUUAUAUCUAUCCUUUUCAAAAUCUCAGCCUCGGCUUUAUUCUUAAAAUAUUCUUAAAAUUUCGCAAAUUUCAGCCUCGAUAUUCUUACAAAAUAUAUUCUUAUAAAAAAAAAAGAGUGUAUGAUGUUUCUUGUAGAUUUUGAUUACAUUGAAUGAAUUAAACAUUAGCAACCGGAAGUACUUUUUUUAUUAUUUUUGUCCUGAUAUUUUCUAAGCGCUGGGGCAUAGAUUGCGCGAGCUCCUUAAGCGUGUCUAGAGCACAUUUUUCCAGGCGAGGCGUAGUCGUCUUCUUAGCUCGCCUAGUGUGUUGGGGUUGGAUCCUUGUAAAUUGUCUUGAUAAUGGUAACCCAGUUGUUCUCUUGCUACAGGGUUCAGAUUGGGUAAGUUUGCCGGUCAGUCAUCCUUGGGUAUCCUCAACUUCCCACGUGGUUUUGUUUCACCUAGUAUCCCACGGAGACAUUGCACCAUACGAUUUCGUUUCUUGUAUUCGGAUACUGAAAAGCAGAUACUUUGGACGCUCUUCUGUAAAUAAGAGAUUCUUCCAAUCCUCUGCUGUGGGCUUUAAGUAUUUCUAGGCAAAUCUUAACCAUCCCUUCAAUCUUCGCUCCGCACUUAACAGUGAUAUCUUGUAUUGCUUGAAAACUUUCUUUUGUUGGUCGAUCCAUACCGUUGUGCUUGAAACUUAGUUCAAUUAUUACGCUUAUAAAUAGCUUUUAAUUAAUUCGAUUAUACGUUUCUCGCAAAGUUUAUUAACACAGUAGGCUGUCUGCUCCUUGGUUUGUCUUCGAAAGAGUAUAUUUUUAACCACUUGUUCACCCAUCGUUCUGAUCUUUCUCAACAAUUUGGCAAUUCCUUAGACCGAACGAAUAGUGUGCCUUCAUUUCUGUGAAAAAGUAGAGAAAAUCCAGAAAAAAAUGAAACGGCAAUGCAAAGAAGACUACAAAGUAGAAAGGAAAUAUAUUCUGAAAAAAGGCACGCUCGCGUUCACAAAAGACCAUGUUAGUUUAUAACUUAGCUUAUCAGUCCCCCGGGAUAUAAACCUCCCUUGUACUGAACUGAAUUCGAAUUUUUGGAAGUUUUGAAACUUAAAAAAGCGAGUAAAUUCAAAAAGUAUCUUGAUCAGCACUGCUAUGGCUUUUUCGAUUUUUGGGUGAAAAGCAGUGACUCUUUUGUCUUGUUAUAAUGGGCCUUUUCCAUUAGUUGAUCACGUGACUGGGUGGCAAAUCAAAUCCUUCUUAUUUUGCCAUGUAAAUCACUUUUUUGAUCUCUUUCAAUGAUGUAAUUUCUCUGGAAUCGAGGCCCUUGAAUUUUCGUGUUUUUAUACACGCGUAUGGUCUGCGACUGCAGACGUAUUUCCGGUCGUCGGUAACACUCGCACUAAAUCAAUUCAGAAACAAAAAGUAUCGUCUUCGGUAAAGUAGGAAGUAAAAAACCUUUAGCGAGUAAAUCCAGAUUCGUGUAGAAGUAAUCGUCUCCUCAUUUAUCGUUCUAAUCUGCAAGCAAGCGAGAGUGAUGUCGCUGUAAGAACGUUCUUGUUUUAGUGCGCUUUUGACAAACCUGCGAACUCUAAAGUUCAAAAGCCGCCUUCACAAUUGCUUUUUUCGCUGCGUCAAUCAUAAUUACGAUCACAAGCAACGAAUCUUGAAACACAGAAACGCACAAAACGGAUCGAAAUCCACCAAUCACAUAAGACAGUUCUAAAUGAUUGAUAAUAUAUAACUAUUAAAUAUGGACGUACGUUGUAAAGAGAUACUUUUUCUUUUUUGGGCCCAGAGAAUCGACAGGAUAUUUUAAUCACGUGGGUGUAUUAUAUUUUUCCACUUCAAUAAGGAAAUGCAAAUUUAGAAAUCUUACUGUUACCAAACAGCUGGCCUUGAGAAGUCCGUUCGAAAAACCAAAAAUCGUUAAAAAUCCAAGAAUUUCUUGAAUAUCGUUAAAUUACUCUCCGAACGUAUUGAAAAUUCUUCAAAUUUCUUGAACAACUUAGACUUGGUUAAACAGGUUUUUGCAAGCAGAAGUUUCUUAUCUAUUCUUCUUUUUUUUUUUCUUUUUGUAAAUUCGGCAGGUACCAUAGAGGAUAGAGACAAUUUUUAAUCAUUUGUGUUAAUUUUUUUCUGUGGGAAAGUAACUUUAUUAAAUUUCGUACGAUAUAUAUUUUAUAAGUAUAGGUUCAGUUUUGGAAAACAUCAAAUAGAUGUCAAUUAGCCAUGAAAAAGGAAGCUUCAUUGCAUUGAAACGGCAGUACAGUUUGCCUUUUAUGUUGGAAAUGUCCUUUUGGCCAUUUUUGUCAAUUCCAGUUGGUGGGAAACCGGUCCAGAAAAGAGGUAUUGAUUAAAGGGUGGUAUUUUUUUUGCUCUCGUUAAAGUGUUAGAGUGAAGUUUUGUUUUGCAAAUAUUUUUUUUUCAUUGUCAAGAGAGCCGGAAUGAAACGCUCUCUCUUGAACUGAAUUUUCUUUUUAUCUUGGCGCCUAUGAAAGCGCGGCACGUACAUUUAUGUAUGGGUGCUGUGUUGUAUUUAAGCGACACUCUCCUGUAAAGUGCUGUAAUCGAUGGUCCUAGUUUUGAACUUGGAAACAAUCCUGGCCAUCUUAAGUGCGAUUCGAUUUUCAAGUUUUAUGUGCUCUGCUUUCGUGUGGCUUAGUUUGUUGUAUCUUAUCGAGUGGUUUUACUUUUAGUGAAGUCCGGAUUAAGUCCGUCGUAGUUUUUUUUGCAUUCAUCCUUAUCAGCAACGUCAUUACGAACUAUUGCCAAUUAUUUUAGCCACAUUAAGAAAUAAAAAAAGAGGAGAAGUUGGUGUUCAAGUUAAUUUAAACCCAUUGCCACUAAGCAGCUGGUCAGGUUUGAUUGGAUUGUUUUCUUUAAUUUUCUACCCAUACCGCUAAGUAACAGUGGCGUACACUGUUUGUUUGUUUGUUUUUUCCAGUAUUUGAAUUAGAUUGUAAUCAUUAAUUUCUUGGUGAUAGCACGAAGCAACAAUGUAAUGUAUUGAUUAGCAAACUGAGUCCUUACUAAUGAGAGUGUUAAAUUUGGAAUUAAGUUAAGAGCGAUAAUAAGCUGUCCGUGUAAUUGUCAUUUGACAUUUUUCUUUGAGGUGUCAAAUAAAAGUUUUAAAUCUUUUAAUAAUCGUAAAAAUUUAUAAUGGAAUUAAGUGUGAAAGCUUUCAAAAUCAGUUGAAGCCAAGGUGUGCGUACGUCAUGGCUUGAAAGUGCUUGUUUGUCAGUCAGUCAGUUUAGCAAGGCUUCAUCAUGGACCACAACCAGACAGAAGCGUCCAUCAUGUCAACGAGUACGACCAAGUCAGUGAUUUAUUGCCCACAUAUUCCACAAUUACAAAACAGUGGAUAUCCAAGGAUAUUUCGAGUUACGGGAGCCAAUCAGAACGCGCGAAAAUUGCUGUCCACUGAUUUGGUGAAUACUAAGUGCAUAUAUAUAUGUAGGUGCUGUGUCCUAUUUUAGCAAAACUUUUCUGUAAAGUGCUGUAAGCGAUGGUUCUAGUUUGGAACUUGGAAACAAUCCUGGCCAUCUUAAGUGCGAUUCCAAUUUCAAGCUUCCGUGCUCUGCUCUCCUGUGGCUUUGUUUGUUGUAUUUUAUUAGGUGGUUUUACCUUUAAUGAAGUCCUAAUAAAGUCGUCUGACAUAGUUUUAGUGCAUGCAUUCUUAUCAGUGUCGUCAUUACCGCGGAACUAUUACCAAUUUUUUCGGCCACAUUAAGAAAUAACAAAAAUAAUUAGUUGAUGUACAAUUUAGUUUAAACCCAUGGCCACUUUGCAGCUGGUCAGGUUUGACUGGAUUGUUUUCUUUAAUUUUGUACCCAUACCGCGGAGUAACAAUGGCGUACACUGUUUGUGUGUGUGUGUUUUUUUUCCAGUAUCUGAAUUUGAUUGUAAUCUUACUAAUAAGAGAGUUUGAUUUGGAAUUCACUUGAGAUAUAUAAUGAGCUAUCCGUGUAAUUGCCUUAUAACAUUUUUGUUUGAGAUAUAAAAGAUUUGAAUCCUUUGUUAAUUCUAAAGAUGGAAUUAAAUUUUGAAACCUUGCAAAAUUAGUUGAAGCCAAGGUGUGCGUACUUCAUAGCUUGAAAGUUCUUGUUUGUCAGUCAGUUUUAGAACGGCUACAUCAUGGACCACAACCGGACAGAAACGUCCAUCAUGUCAUCGAAUACGACCAAGUCAGUGUUUUAUUGCCCACAUAUUCCGCAGUUAAUAUGGAAUGUGCAUGACACCAUUUCUCCUUGGAUAUUUGCCGCUUUCGCAUCUAUAAUCUCACCCGCCGCAGUUCUUUUGAACGCGUUAGUUAUCAUAGCAAUUAUGAAAAGGAGAGAACUACAGAAACUUUCCAAUAUCCUGUUGUCAAGUAUGGCCGUUACGGACCUUCUUGUAGGUGCUAUAUGUAUACCGUUGUCUGCUAUAGAUGGAUUCUUACUUCCCUAUCAAAUUCUUGCUGCUCAGCACAUUUGCACGCUCGACGUGGCAACAGCCUGUUUAUCACUCACUCUAACAUUUUGUUCGCUGUUCCAUCUGGCGCUGGUUGCAUGGGAGAGAUACGUGGCCAUUCGAAAAUGGAGGGACUACUGAGAUUUACUGACUAAAAGCCGAUUGAAAAAGCUGGCGGCGAUAGCUUGGAUUUCAGGACCAGUUUUCGUUUUGAGCCCAUUCCUUAUUUCCUUAGCGGUCAGUGGGCGGACUAUUGUAGUAGUUUUUCUUGUUUCAACAUGUUUUAUCCUGGCACUCAUCGUAUAUUUUUACGUCAUGGUGUACCUUGAAAUUCGCAAGCGAAAAUUCAAUCAGAUUCUUCAGGUCAGCGUGUUGGUGUUAUUGAAAACAGAAUACAGAGUUGCGAAGACCACUGCUCUUGUUACGGCAGCCUUGUUUCUUUCAUUCGUUCCUGCUGUUUCUCUCCCUUUAUUGGGAACAUUUUUCCCCGUACUUCGUAAAAUGUCGUUAUGGCGCGUAGUGGAAACACUAGUGCUUUCUAACUCUUUAGUUAAUCCACUCAUUUACUGUUACAGAGACUGUCGUUUUAAGAAAGUUGUUCUCGAGUUGUUGAGUGUGAAAAAACCCAAACCAAAGAAUGCAGUGGACAUAGUGCGAUUCACCGAACGAACAGAUGUAUGUGGUCCACUGAAAGAUAGGGUGGUGAUCAUACAAGAAGUAGAUGAAAAUAUCCGUUUGACGAGAUCAGCAUCCUAUGAUUUGACCCGACUUAGUGAUCGAUCUUAUAUCGAUCGCUAUAAAAUGUUGGCUAAGAGAACUAUGUCGGCUCCGUGUGUAAGUGGUAUUUCGGGCGAAGAUUAAUUAGAAGCGUGUAAGACCAUCGGCCAUCGUUGUCCAUGGUGCCAAGAGCACCGUUUGAAGUUUUUCAGCGAUAAUAUGCCGAUUCAGAGCUGCUGCUACAAAAAACGGAUCCUUAAAAACGAUGACCAUCUUAGAAAACUUAAGAUAAGAGCUAAUAUCGGGCGAACUGAUUAUUUUCCACAGACGAUUGAAAGAAUUUCAGCGCGUUCAUUUUUUAUAAGAAUGUGUUUCAUAAGAAUAUCGAGGCUGAACUUUGCGAAGUUUUAAGAAUACCUCAAGAAUAAACGCCAGGCUGAGAUUUUGAACAGGAUAUAAUUUUGUGUGUUGAAAAUCUAUAAACUCAAUACAAACUGUUUUUUACUUACUCCUUUCUCUAAACGGUAACUCCCCAAGCCAACAAAACGAAAAAACCUGCACUAACUAUAAUUGAUUCCCCAAUAUAUUUUAAAACGAAAAUGUGAUAAGCUAUAAUUUAAGAAUAAUACAAGAAUACUUUCAGCCUAAAAUCGGCCAAAGAAAGUAAGAAUAUUCAGCCCGGGCCCGAAAAACAACGCUCUUACAAAAAUAAAGUUGCUUAAGUAAAAACCUUUGUUUAAUUAUUACUUGGAAACGAAUAUAAACACCGAAGCAGGUCUCUUGAAUAGGCAUAUCUUUAGCUACUCUCUUCCCACAGCUCGAGCUUAGUUUAUAUCUGCCGAGACUACAAAUUGUUUCAAACGUUUGUUCCGAUUUAUUGUUCGCUUAAAUUUUAGUUGUUAUCAGACUACCAUUUCGAAAUUUAGUAUGAUGUUCCUUAUAGAUUUUGAUUACAUUGAAUGAAUUAAACAUUCGCAACCAGACUGAUUUUUUUUAUUAUAAUUUUUUUCCUGAAAUUUUCUAAGCUUCGGGGCAUAGAUUGGGUGAGCUCCUUAAGCGUGUCUAGAGCACAUUUUUCCAGGCGAAGCCUACAAUGUAGUCGUCUUCUCAGCUCGUCCAGUGUUUGGGGGGCUGGAUCCUUGUAAAUUGUCUUGUUAAUGGUACCCCAGUUGUUCUCUUGCUACAAGGUAAGUUUGACGGUCAGUCGUAAGUUUGCCGGUCAGUCGUCCCUGGGGAUCAUCAUCUUCCCACGCACUUUUGUUUCACCUAGUAUCCCACGGAGACAUUGCACCAUACGACGUCGUUUCUUUUAUUCGGAUACAGAAAAACAGAUACUUAGGACGCUCAUCUGUAAAUUAGUCUUUCUCCCAAUCCUCUGCAGUGAGCUUUAAGUAUUUCCAGGCAAAUCUUAACCAUCACUUCUUCGCUUCCCACUUAACAGGGAUAUUUCUAUCGCUUGAAAGCUUUCAGUCCCUUUUGUUGGUCGAUCCAUACCGUUGUGCUUGAAACUUAACUUAUUACGCUUAUACAUAGCUUUUAAUUAAUUCGAUUAUACGUUUCUCGCACAGUUCGUCAAAACAGUCGGCUGUCUGCUCCUUGGUUUGUCUUCGAAAGAAAGACUUUAUUUUUAACCACCUGUUCACCCAUCGUUCUGAUCUUCCUCAAUAAUUUGGCAAUUCCUUUGACCAAACGAACAGUGUGUCUUCAUUUCCGUGAAAAAGUGGAGAAAAUCCAGAUUUAAAAAAAAUGAAACGGCAAUGUAACGACAAAGUAGAUUGGAAAAAUAUGGUGAAAAAAAGCAGGCGUGCCCAAUAGACCACUUUAGCUUACAACGUAGCUUAUCAGUCCGCUGGGAUAUAAGCCUCCCUUGUACUGAACUGGAUUCGAUUUUUAGGAAGUUUUGAAACUUAAAAAAGCUAGUAAAUCUAAAAAGUAUCUUGAUCAGCACUGCUGACUUUUUCGAUUUUUUGGUUGAAACCAGUGCCUCUUUUGUCUUGUUAUAAUGGGCCUGUUUGCAUUAGUUGUUCACGUGAUCAACUUUCGGAUUUUCGGAUUUGUAUGGAAAACUAUUCAAGCGUGACUGGGUGGCAAAAGUUGUUUUUCUAAUACAAAUCCUUCUAAUUUUUGGCAGCCGUUGCAAGCGCAACCUUUGAGAUAUUCGGCUGAAAAUUUGCAGGUUACCUAAUUAGUCUCGCUUGCGUAAGCAGGGAGAGUCAUAAUCUGCAACGCGUUUUUCUUUGUAUUUAGGACACAAAAGGGGCGUCAUUGAGCCAGGCGUUCCUUACGGAGACCGUGGAAACUGGGACUAAGAAUCGUUGCGUGAUCGAAGCCACGCAUGUUUUGCGAAGAAAGCUCAGAAAAGAUUAAAUUUAGAGCUUUUUCUGGUCCACCGAAAGAUAGGGUGGUGAUCAUACAAGAAGUAGAUGAGAAUAUCCGUUUGACGAGAUCAGCAUCUUUGGAUCGAUUUGACCCGACCAUAUAUGGAGCCCAAUAACAUGUUGGCUAAGAGAACUAAGUCGGCCCCGUUAAUACAUGUAGGUGGUAUUUCGGGCGAAGGUUAACUAGACGCGUGCAAGACCAUUGGCCAUCGUGGUCCACGGCGCCAAGAGCGCCGUUUGAAGUUUCUCAGCGAGAAUAUAAUUCAGAACUGCUUCCACAAAGAAGCGAUCCUUAAGAACUAUGACCAUCUCUAGGAAACGGAAGAUAAGAGCAAAUAUUGAGCGAACAGACUGUUUUCCACAGACGAUUGCGAGAAUUUCUGCAUAUUCAUUUUUCAUUCAUAUACAUCAUUUUAUAAGAAUAUCGAGGCUGAACUUUGCAGUAUCUUAAGAAUAAACCUCAGGCUGAGAUUUUGAACAGGAUAUAAUAUUGUGUGUUGAAAAUCUAUAAACUCAAUACAUAAUGUGUUUAACUUAACUAAACGGGAACUCCCCUAGCCAACAAAACGAAAUAACCUGCACUAACUAUAAUUGAUACCCCAAUAUAUUGUAAAACGGAAAUGUCAUAAGCAAUAAUUUAAGAAUAACACAAAAAUACUUUCAGACUAAAAUCGGCCUAAGAAAAUAAGAAUAUUCAGCCUGGGCCGGGAAAACAACAUUCUUAUAAAAACAGAGUGUGUAAGUAAAAACCUUUGUAUAAUUAUUAUUAGUAGGCGCGAGACUAGUUAGUCUUGGAAACGAAUACAAACACCUAAGCAAAUCUCUUGAAUAGGCUUAUCUUUAGCUACUCUCUUCCCACAGCUCGAGCUUAGUUUACAUCUGCCGAGACUACAGUUUGUUUCAAACGUUCGUUCCGAUUCUUUAUUCGCUUAAAUUUUAGUUAUUAUUACACUACCAUUUUGAAAGUUAGUAUGAUAUUCCUUAUAGAUUUUGAUUACAUCGAUUGAUUUAAACAUUAGCAACCAGAAUGACUUGUUUUAUUAAUUUUUUUUCCUGACAUUUUCUAAGGUCUAGAUUGCGUGAGCACCUCAAGCGUGUCUAGAGCACAUUUUCCCAGGCGAGGCGUAGUCGUCUUCUCAGCUCGUCUAGUGUUUUGGGGGCUUGAUCCUUGUAAAUUGUCUUGUUAAUGGUACCCUAGUUGUUCUCUUGCUACAGGGUUUAUAUCAGGUUUGUUUGCCGGUCAGUCGUCCUUGGGUGUCCUCACCUUCCCACGCACUUUUGUUUCACCUAGUAUCUUACGGAGACAUUGCACCAUGCGAUGUCGUUUCUUGUAUUCGGAUACUGAGAAACAGAUACUUAGGACGCUUAUCUGUAAAUUAGAGAUUCUCCCAAUCCUCUGCAGUGAGCUUUAAGUAUUUCUAUGCAAAUCUCCUCACCUAACAGUGAUAUUUUAUUUUGAUUGAAAAUUUUCUUUUGUUGGUCUAUGCAUACCGUUGUGCUUGAAACUUAGUUGAAUUGUUACUCUUAUACAUGGACAUGGACCCCAUAGCAAAAGUAGCUUAACAAUCUAUACAAUAGUUUAUAACCUUUAGAAAAUUUAUGUACAAUAAUAAAAAUAAUAAUGAUAAACUGUGAAUGCAACUGAUAAACUGUGAAUGCAAAUAUAUAGAGGAUAUUACACGGUGGCGCGAAGAUAUGAAUUUUAUUUUGGAGUGGCAAAAAAAUAUUGUUUUUGCAACGAGAAAAUAAAAUUCAUAUCUUCAAGCCGCCGUGUAAUGUUCUUUUUAUUAUAUAGACAAAAAGACUUCGAUAAAAUAAUAGAUUUUUAUUCGCCAAAAAGUAAUUGUGACAGCUCAGAUUUACAGUACAGCAAUAUAAGACAUUGGUUACAAUAAUCUUGAGAAAUAACACUGAGCUGAAUAGGGCUCUACAAUGACAAAAUAUAAGCAAAACUUUGAAAAACGUGUAAGUAAAAUUCAAAAGACGCAAGACGCCUACAAAUUUCGAAGGAAAAUUACCGAAAUUACGUUAUCGAUAAACUCACGUGUGAGAUUAUGGAAAAUAAACCACUCGGGUCCCUGAUGUAGUUUUUAUGAAUUUUACGAGUGGUACAUUUUCCAGUAAAACACUCGUGUCUAUAUGAUAAUUACCUUUAUCCUUGCAAUUAAACGAACAUUUUUAAGUGGACAAACUUACUUUCUAGGUGAUUUUAACAUCUUAGUACAAAUCAUCCCUUCUGGGGUCAGUUUGGACCCCAUCAAAUAUUCAGUAUGAUAGUGACUACGGACUUUUUAAAUAUCAGCCUGUAGUAUAAGUUUAUAACACCGAUAAUGUGUGUCAUGUAGGGAAGCGUUACGUUUGUAAACAGUCCUUACUGAACAAAAUUUUCGUUUACAAUUUUUAUUACAUUUACUUCUCCAAAACCAUCCCACGUAAAAAUAUAUAUCUAUGUUUAGCAGCCUUAUACAUAAACAAAGCUGUGUCUUUUAAGUGAAACGUAACAAAAAUUUAUUAUUGCUGGCCUCUUAUUUUAGAUCCUAUUUAUUCGAAAAGAACAUCUGUAUUUCGGAUCUCCUCACAAUAUUAGUGUCUGACAUCUGUUACAAUUGCCAGGAAAAUUGAUUCUUUUACCCGUAAGGGACAAUUUAUCAAGUCAGUAAAUUUCCGUAUAAGUCAGGGAAAAUUGGACUCUUUCAAAGAAGUCAGCGGGAGGAGACAUAUUUCUGCAUAUUCACCGGAGUUAAACAUAUUCCAUCAGCAGGAUAUUGUUUCCAGAAAUUAAACGACAAGCAGAUAUAGGGUUUCCUAUAAGAUCAAUCCAUUCUGUGCUUUACAUUCGUGAUAAAUUCAUGUAAUAAAUUGGUGGAGAGGAUGGUUGUGAUGGGAGUUUGGGCAUUUAUUUUGUGUACCGGACACAGAUGACGUAAAACAAAAUAACAAGAUCCUUGAAACAAUACCAAGCAGAUUUUCCCAGAACAGAAAACAAAGAAGUCUUUUGCUUUACGUCAUUUGUGUCCAGUACACAAAGUUUUGAGUGGAAUUUGGAAUCCAUUAAUAUCUGGACAAAUUGUCAAUAUAUUUGGUCAGAGAAAGUGUACAUUUGACUGUCAGUCUGGGAAUUUCAAAAACUAUUCCUCUAUCAACCAUGUCUCAACAAGCUCAAGCAUGUUGAGAAUUGAGAAACUGAUCAACUUCAACAUAACUUGUAUUUGCACAUGUCAUACAAAUUCACUCGUGCAUGGGUAUUUGUUUCUCAUACAUGUACACAAAUAAAUGCGAACACUUUCAUAAAUGAUUUGGUACUCUUUACAGGGAUAAUUCAGUGCUAAUGAGGGUACCGCAUAUUCAAUAAUCAUCAUAAACACAAUUCCCCUCAGCUGUUUCCGUAGUGACAUUGCUACAUGUAAUUUCUAUUUCAGUGUAAGUGAUUAUGUUUGCACCUUACUGUUAAAAACAGUUAGUUGUCAAGUGUGAUUAUCAUACAUGCCAACUCUCCCGAAUACGACAAUAAUCUCCUCCCGUACGGGUCACCAAAUCCCCCGGAUAAAAUCGACUUGUGAGCUUUUCUGUGCAUUAAUUUGGAAUUUAUCCCAUUUCUCCCAAAAUUCGAAUUUCCUUUGAUUCAAAGUUCGGUUUCUGGGGCAUUUUCUCUCGUAUUUCAUCACUGACAAAGAUUAUUUCCUCAUUACAAUCAUAGAAGCUAAUUGUGAUGGUUCAGUACCUCAUGUUAGACUUCAUAUAAUGUCCUAAGCCGAGGGACUGGAUCGAAUUGUGCUUAUGGGGGGGGGAGGGAGGUGAUCAUUGAUGUUGGGGGGAUGAAAGAGAAAGAUUCUCCAGUUUUUAGAUUUCCAGAGGUUGGCAUUUCUGGAUUAUGUACUACAACAGUAGUGCAAACACUCUCAUUGCUGUAGGUCGCUUAACAAGGAAUAUUUUUCGCCAGCAUUUACGUGUUAUUUUCACUGCAUUACUAAUAACACACUUCACAAGUAAUUAUUAUUACACUUAUUAUUAAAAAUGGCAUGGGUUAGCUGCAUAUUCACCUCACUUUCGUGCAGUUAUUCAGUAUCACACCCAUUUUCUUUUGACUAUUUAUUACACAUGUAGGAGGGUCAAAUGGGGUGAACACAGGACCUAUGAAACACUGGCUAACCUUCCUUAACAACACCAACCCCAUUAAAACCCAGAAAAUCCCUUUUAACGGCAAAGCACGGGGUUCAAAUUUACUCCAACAAAAAGGUGAUCAAGUUCAUCUCACAUUCCAAUAUUAGAGCCAGUAUUGAAACCCACCCUCCCAAGCUACACAAUUUACUCCGAUUCUCUCCCCCCUUCCAUCCCUGUCGUUUUAUGCCCCUUCCCCACCCUCCUGGGUUUCGCGAGUUUCUGCGAUACACGUAUUUCUAGUAUAAAAGUAAUAAUUGCAUUCAAGGUGGUUUAUACAUAAGGACACAUUCCUUAAAUUUCGAACACAUUGUCCAACCAUGUGAACUGUGGUAAAUGUUGAUUAUCAGUUGGGGUCUCAUUGGACCCCACUUGGUAGGAUGAGGGUUAAUGAUAAGGAUGAUGAUCUUGAUGAUAAUGAUGAUGAUAAUGAUAAUGAAGAAAUAGCUUUUUGUUGACUUCAAAACCAAAUACUAAAACCUGUUUGUAGUUCCUUUUCAUUAAAAACUGUUUUCAAGUACAGCAAAGCUAUUUUCAAGUACAGACUUUAAGGAAUAAAGUGAUAAACAGUGCAAGCAACAAUGUUGGGCUACAAAUAUACAAUAGACCAUUUUACAGUUGCGGACUUAGUAACCUAGCCUUUGAGUGAACGUGAGGCUGAGGUUGACCUUGUUUUGAUACAAACCUCCUUCCUUUUGUAGUGGAAGUUAUGCUUGAAAAAUACAAGUUAGCAUAAGAACAACAUGAUUUACAUAAUAAAGCAAGAAGGGAUGUAUCAAAACAAGGUCAACUCUGGCCUCGUUUUCACCUGUAACUGUAAAAUGGGCUACUUUUAGGCCCCCAAACAAGUUUUGGAUCAUUGUGGAUGUUCUUUUUUACGCUUGUUUUCAGAAACUUUACCGUUGGAGAAGAAACUUGAAGGAGCCUGAACCAGGAAUUCUGUUCCCUGGAAUCACACGACCUGAUGCAGACGAGGGAUGUGUGAGCUGCAUCAAAUAUUUGUUUAAUACGGUAAAAACCCACGAGUAAGAACUUGCAUUUUCCCAUAGAUAUCCUAAACAGGUUCUUACAUGAACGGUAAUUAGCAUAAAGUUAGGUGUCCCCUGCAAGCUUAAUAGAGAGUACCAGAUUAAACUUAACGUUUUUGUGCGUGUUCUAAGAAAAGACACCCAGGAAAGCUUCAUUUUACUUGUUUCACCAAAAAAGCUAGUACGGUUAUUUGUACUGAAGGUGGUUAAGCCCUCUCCCAAUGGCAAAAUGAUAAAACUUCUCACAUUUGAUGACUUGUUGCCGCCACUACGACAUUCUCGCUAAAACUCGUAGUAGAUUGACGACGGCUAUCGCGUUUUCCCGCCAAAAUGACGCUGGUUCACUCGUGAGUAAUACUCAAUAUUGAGAAAGUCUCGUACACGUAGUCUUCCUCGUCUCGGAAUCUAAAGCCCUCUAAUACUUUCUCGUAUCCAACGCGUUCUCUUGGAAUAAUUUAGGGAGUUUAAGCAACGACUUUUUUGAGCGACGCACGUCAACCGGAGGUAGAUUUUUUGCAAUCUCGUGAUUCUGACCGGGCAAAUCGUCUGUAUGAGAGGAAACUGUAUUUACAUCACUCUUUGGCUCAGCUGCUGAUUUUUCUUCUUUUCAGGUUUGUCUAGUCAUGAUCGUCAUAAACAUGGCUGUCCGUUGUGAUAUCUCUUCCGUAGUGUACGCUAUAUGGCUCGGGGUCUUUUUAGUACUGGGCCGACAGAACUCGUCUAUUGUGUGGCCUGUGUACGUGGGCUUCCUGGCAGUGCUCCUACCACUACAGUAUCUUCUUGUACUUGGAUGGCCUCCUGCCCUGUGUUUGGGUAAGAGCUCGUUUGGAUUUGACUUUAAACUGAUGUAUUGAGAGUGCCUGUUUGUUACUUCUUUGAAGUCAAGAGUUACUGUACUAUAAAACGGUUUUGGUGAGCACAGUUUGAAGCUAGUGUUUUUAAACAACCUUUAUCGCAAAUUCAGUCCAAUUUUUGCCAUAAUAAUAUUCAUCAUCAUCAUCAACACCACAAUCUUCACCAUCAUCAUCAUCGUGUCUACUCGACUCUCUCCUUCCUGCAAACAACUUACUCUAGAUGUGGGUAGAGAUGUAUACGAAGUGUACCGUAAAUGACCAAAUAAACACUUCUCAUGUAAUAAAAGCCCCCUCUAUGCUGUUCAAACUGUAUUAGACGCCCCUAUCUAAUAAACCCCCUCCAUGAAUAUUGCUCCAAAUCAGUCAAUUUAUUCAUUUCAUUGUUUGAUUUACAACGGUUUAUGUAUUAUGUUUGUUCAACUUCAAGUUCAAAGUACGGAUAGCGCUUAUUGAUCUUCUUUAAUACACCACUUAUAUGCACAUUAACUAUGCAGUAAUCUAGUUUUUUUUUGACCUGUAUAUAGCGGUUACCAUGUGUAUAACGAUCACUUUGCCAUUUCCCAAGGGUGACCGUUGUACACAGGUUCCGUAGACGCCCUGGGCGUUUAUUAGGUCAUCGACGGUAUGCGUGAGGUAUGAACCCAAAGGCUGUUAGCCAAGUGAAUAUGGUGUGGUUAGGCUGUGUUGUCACUGCUGUGGCCACUUUACAUCAUGUUGUUGUUCAUAUUAGUUAUUCAUUUAUUUAUCCAAUUGCAGCAUAUCCUUGGACUAGCGCUUUAAACAGCAAUCUUGUACACUGGCUUUACCUGACGGAUGUAAAGCUACCACCUGACCCUAAGAUGCUUUUCAGUAAGUCUAUACGAAACAGCAAUCUCUCCUUUCUUCGUUUUUUAUUAAGAGCUACACGACCCAUACGUUUUACAUAGUAUAAUUUGGCCCUCGUUUUUGUAAAGGAAACUUGUCCUGGGCGGAAGGCUCACUCGUCUACUCCAGCUACCCUUAUUCUGCAUAGCAGGCGCUAUGAAUUAAGGGGGAGGGAGCACGUUUCAGAUCACGCAGCGCUGCCAAGUAAUUGGAUAGGGGGCGGAAAAAACGAUUUUCGUGGGCCUCUCCGGCAUGCGCUCCGUCUCCCCUCGCGUGUUUCCCUCGCGCGAGCCCGUUUUUUCUUGCGCCUAUUAGUUCCUAGCGCCUCCUACGCAGGCUAAGUUACCCUGGGCGAGUCAACUCUUCCUACAUUUCCUUUGUAAAUAUUUUAAACCAUUUACAUGAGAAACAAAAAGUUGGCUCGGCUAUAAGGGCCAACUUUCUCCAUACAAACACUUUGGCUUGCCCAGUCAAGGCAAGGCAAUCAGAGCAUGCAUGAGUCCUGUUGGCUAGGGCAAAAGGGUCAACUUUUUUCUCAUAUAAAAGCUCGCUAAAGUUGAAUGACCCUCUUUUCUCCAACGGGGCCUUUGGACUAGGAAAACAAUGCUUUUAUAAGCUUGCUUUUGAAGAAUUUGCCUUGAGGUAACACACCCCAUCCCCAUUCUUGCAGUCUUGUGAACAAAGGCACAAGCCUCGGGGUAACGAAAGACCUUGAUUUCAAAGAAACUGUCCACCCUUGACCCGACCUUGUUUUAGUGUGUGUGAUCACUAGAGAGGAAUGCCGGAAAGGCUGAUUUCAUCUGUGUCGAGUUGCUUUAGCAAACCGACGACAGUCGACCCAGUUCUAACUCCUAAGCGUUAGAACGUAAUUCGAAAAUAGCUUCGCUAAAUCACGGCAUCUUUGUCUGCGUGUGCGUCGGGCUUCCAUUUUCGGCAGUAUGCAAGUUUGUUUUGUCACGUGCUUUGAUAUAUAGUUGUUGUUGUUGUUUUUUUUUCACGUGUCAGGACGUCUGUCUGUCAUAUCAUUGCACCAGAAAUAAUAAAACAGCAGCCAUAUUGGUGGACCAAACCAUUCUUGUGGAGGUCACACCCUUUUCUUUUGUGAACAAGUGCCUUUUUUUAGGCCACUUCCACACAAAUCCGGAUAAUUUUAAAACCGCAUACCUUUUAACACGAAAUGCCUUUCAUCCACACGAAACCAGUGAAUCUGCUCUCCGAAACCGUUCCGUUCCGGCCCCGUUCACACGAAUCAGGAUAAAAUAUAUGUGGUUUAAAAAAUAACCGGAUUCGUGUGGACAUGGCCUUAUGACCAACAGUGAUUUUGUUACCUCUGCGUCCUGCUCCCGAAAGACGCAAAAUGAUUUGUGGUAUGUGCCCCGUUGGAUGAUCGAUCUGAAGAUGUUUUUGUAGAAUAUCCUGUUUGUGGAUUUCUGUGGCUGUUCUUGUGGCUGUUGUUUAACUACCCAUAUUUCUUUAAGUCUUUGUUGUCUAAGGCCCAGUUGUUCGAACGCCGGCUAGCGCUAAUCCGGGGUUAAAUUUUAACCCGGGUUUCUUUUUCUUUUUAUCAAAAACACUCUCUUGGAUAAUUUUCUCCAUUCUGUUUAGAGUAUCCAAUCAUCAGAUUGUUGGCAAAGAGAAUUAAACUGAAUUUACUUUUUAAGCUCUCUUAUCUAAAUUCAAAUUUCGAACUAACCCUGGGUUACCUUAACCCAACUUCGAACAACCCGGCCCAGGACUCACCAUACCUAUUUGCAUCAUAAUCACUGGACCAAGAUGGCCGCUCGGCACUCAAGCCAUAAUUCUCCUUAUGAUUCGCCAUUAAAGUUAGUUUUGGUUAGAAAUUUUGCACAAGAAUUAAAGAAAAUACCAUUUCAAAAGAAGCAUGGUGUCUAUUCAUACUUUCAUUACAACAUUCUGUAUAUCUGGUUCUAGGUGACUUCUUCCAGUUGCUGUUCGCCUGCUGUCAAGAAAACGUUUUUUCUGUUGAACGUUUUCAGCGUUCCGCCGAGCAAGGAACAGGGAGGGUAACUAUCAACUCCACCAGACGCGGCAGCCGAGGAAAAACAACAACUACUCCAGACUUUAUGUGGAACAUAACUUGGUUAGAUUUCUUUAAGGUAUGUACCAUCUCAUUGUUCGAUGAUUUUAAGUUCUUCUCCUUAUUCCCUAGUUAUCGCAGAAGAGGCUUUUUCAUUACCUCGAAUUUAAUUCAUUUGACAAACUCCUAAAGAUUUGCAGCCGAUCUAAAGUUGGCCUCAUUGUUACAGUUUGUGGAAGUGGGGGCAGAGGCUGAUCUUGUUUUGACAGAAACCUUUUCUUUUCAAAUACAAGACAUACUUUUAGGCAUAUGAAGGACUCCGAGGUUUCUAUCGAAACAAAGUCACCACUAGCCUCACUUCCAUUCAUAGGCUAGGUUGUUUAGCUUUUCACUGUAAGUUUGAAUAUGAAUUACGUCAUUGGAAUGGAGUUUCUGUCGUUGAGGCGCAAACAUCUCUCCCGCAAAACAUCCGUAGGGACAAGGAGCGAGGAGAGAUGGCUAUCUCUCCAUGUAAGGUUCGGUGUUUUGUCAAGUUACAUUAUGGGACUCUUUUGGGAGACGUUCUCGCUUUUUCUAUAAGCCUUUUGAAAGUUUUGGCGGGAAACUGGAUGACACUUGCUCCUCAAACAGACCCAUAAUGCCAUUCGGUUCAACACCGAACCAGUCUCAGACGUUGCCUCAAAGUGGCUCAUUGUUUUCUCUCUGCAGGUGUUCGUGUUUCAACACAUGUACUGGGUGACCUUAGCUGUAGUUUACAUCACAGUCCAGAGCACCAUCAGCAUCUUCAACUUUGGCUUCAUUCUUUGGUGCUUCUUCUUUUUAUGGCACGGGCAAGCCCUCUAUCUCCAGCCAAGAACAAGACUAUUCAAACUGUGGAAAAUCUUCAUAGGAUACAACUAUUUCACACUUUUGGCUAAAGUUUGUCUUCAGGUAGGGUUAGACGCAUGUGGAGCAAUCAGGCCGUUCUUUAGGCGAAAAGUCACUUUUAUGAGCGUAUCAGGGCGUAGCAUAUCAGAGCUGUGCCAAUUAUAUUUGAAGCCACUGGAAUUUAGCUCACCGGAAGUCGAGACAAUUGGGGUUAUUCGCAGGCUUCAUCGGAAUAACUCAAAGUUCCCAACGGAGUGGAUUCUGAUUGGAAUAGAUAAUCACCUAUAAUCGUCUUUUUAUGAGCUGUUAUUGGGGUUUCGUGAUUAGAAAUGAAAUGAGGUCGUAAGCCAAGUCAUGUACCCCCCCCUCCUCGCUUUGAUUGUAUUAAUGAACUGAUUGUUUGAGUAAUGAAUCCGUUAGUCGUUCCCGUAUCUAGUGUCAAUUUCAAAUCUGCAUUUCUGCAGGCGUAAUGAGUAGUAAAUGUUUGACUAUAACUUGUGAAUAUUUUGGUGAGAUUGAAAAAUCUUGUCCAUCUUUCAAUGCAUAAACAUUUAAGAAAACUAAAACUGGAGAGAAAUCUCAUUACUUUCUGACAUGUGAAUUCUCAGCUGACUACGCAUGCAGGAUUGCAGGGAUGAAUCUGAAAUCUACAACUAGGAACGGAUUCCUUUUUCAAAUAAUCAAUUCAUUAAUAGAAUCUUAGGGGCUCACUUGACCCAGCUUGACCCUAGUAUAGUUUAUUCGCAAGUUAGUGGCACUAAAUUUCGAUCAGCGUGCAAUGAAUCGCCAUUAAAUCACAGUUCGUUUAUACUUGUAAACUAGUCUAGUGUUGCAAUCAAUUCACAGCUCCUGUCGUGCAGCAAAUCGCUCAAUAAAGGCGCUCUCUCUUUGCCUUGAAUUUAAGUCUUUCUUCUGUCUUCACGCAGCUCGUGUCGUGUGUAUAUGUGGAGUAUGUCAAGAGACAUACUGGAUGCUGGGCUUUACAGUUGUUAAGUUUGUUCUGCCUGCGGCAGCGUGGCUACAACAAGAUCGCGGCGGGGAUGGUUAACGACGGCUGCGUGGCGCCAUCAGACACGGGACUUGCUAUGGACUGCGCAUGCUUUACUUUUCUCGUCAUACAGUACCGUGUGUUCACAUCAGACUAUUUUAAGCACGUGGUGCGCGACCACAGAGAGCAGUCAGACAUGGCCAGCAGGUGAGCCUUUUUAAGGCUAUUAACAUGCGAUGAUUGACUGUCACGAUAAUAUUGCUGUUUUCGAUCAAUUCUGUACUGAGGUCAUUGCUUAGUGCCUAAACCCAUACACAGGUUUUACGGUCCAGUUGCCCGAAAGUCAUCUCGCACGAAGUUAUGUCGCCCGAAAUCUUUAGUCAAGUCGCCCGAAAAUUUAUCAUGCUAAGUAACAUCCUAACAUCUUAGUCGCGCUUGUUUCGUUUCAUCAUUAUUACGCAUUUGACGUGUUUGUUUCAUCAAAGCUAACAGAACGAGAUAUGUUACACAUUCAUCUCGCUUGUUUCGUCUCUUCAUCGCUUAAAGAACGGGUUAUGAUACACAUUCAUCCCGCUUGUUUUUGUCUCACCACAUCAUCAUUGCUUAAGGAACGAGACCUAAUUACACAAUUGUCUAGCUUGUUUUGUCUCAUUAUCGCUUAAAGAACGAGAUAUAUUACAUACAUUCUUUAUUAAAAUUUCAGGCGACACGACUCUCGUUUCGGGCGAUAUAACUUCGGGCGAGAUGACUUUCGGGCGACCUCACGGUUACCAUACACAGAAAGCUCCAGCAGAGUUGUUGAAAAAAUAUCAAAUAAUCUCACCACUGGGCACUAACCUUAGGAAAUUUCAGGUCAAUAUACGUUUCUGGGAAACUGCCCUGCUACCCCUCCCCUAAGCCAACAUUUUGCCCUAAGUGAGGAGUAAGUAUUAAUGUUGGCUUAGGGGAGGGUAGGUGAGCAGUUUCCCAGAAACGUGUAAUGACCUUUUUGCAGGCACAGCAUUAAAAACUUGAAAACGUUGGCCCAAUUUUUUCGAGUUUCAAUCAUCCGUGUCCAUCCUUACGAUCUUUUGCAACAGACUACAAGAAAUAGUUUCAAAGCCUGAGAUACAGUCUUGACGAACGAAACUGGACCAUUAUUUUUGUAAUUUAAUUGAUGCGAAAAACGUUUUAGCUUUUUUUAAAAAGAUAGGAAAUAGCGGGACAUGCAUGAUAGCCCCUUUAAGUUUUAUCAGCACGUUUUUAAACUCCUGCUGAUUCAUGAACAUAACACCAGUUAUAGAAUUUUGAUUGUAAAGACACGGAAAUCCUAGAACGUUUUCUUUGAAUUUCCUUAAGACUGAACAGAAAAGGUAAAUCAGAAACUUUCGAAAUAAUUGGGUUUCAUCUGAUGUCCACUUACCUCGACGUCGUUAAUAAGUGUUGGAUAACCUAUAAAACACUGCUCCUGGUGUUUGAUAUAGUACGUAAAAGAUCUGACCGAGAGCUGUCUACCUCACCGCAAAAGGCUUUAACUUGUAACUGUAGCCUCUGAGUAACCUCUGAUUUUAGUUGGUCAAACAGGAAGAUAUUCCGUUAAAAUGUAUCCAGUGUAUUGCUUGUUUGUCUAAUAAAACUAGGCAGCACCCGCAGGUCUCUAGAGAAAAUGAUUUAUAUGUUGUUUUCCAAUUACAUAAAUUGUGGCCCAAUUAGUUUAAGCAUUGACCUGCGAACACAUGACGUGUUUCCGGUCGUCGCUAUUCCUUUUUUGGCUAGAGAUGCAUUGGCUGAUAUGCAUUUAAAUGGAAUUAUUACAAUAUAUAUACUUUUUUAACGCGGCACAUCUUUUCGCUUAGGGGAGCUGAGUUAGUUGAUGAGCAUGUGCGCGCUCAAUUGGAAGCCGUGAGGCGAGAGGACAAAGGAAAAAUGGAUCGAAUAAAAAAGUCGUAAGUACAUGUAUAACUGCAUCUGCACCAGUCAAUUUUUUCGUACACUUUGGCCCUGUCCACACUAAUGCGUUUUCAAAAGCAUGCGUUUUCGUUAUCAUCGAAAACGCAUCGAUCGAUUCGCGUCCACACUACCGUCUUGAUGACUUUUUGACUGUCCACACUAAAACGUUGGAAAACGAUAGAGUUGCAGGUUGUGACGUAAGUUGAACUCUAUGCGCAUGCUACAAACACACGCGCUUACAAUAUUUUCGGUCAUCGUUUUCAUUUUGAUGAGUUUUCGCCGGUUUUCGACCGUCCGCACUGAUACAAUAUGUAUGCGUUUCGUUUUGAUCCACUUUCAAGAGCGUUUUCAAGUCGGUGCGUUUUUGAUGAAAACACUCAGCGUAUUAGUGUGGACGGAAGGCCUAAACGCAUCGAAAUGUAUGUAUUAAUGUGGACGGGGCCUCAGACUUCUGUUAUGUAUCCCUGUUUGAAAAUUAGUUACUGUUUGUGAGUAUUAUAUUAGAGAGAUUAAGCAUCGCGUUUACGGCAAACGGCAAACGUGAGAUUCAAGUCGCGAAAUUUCGAAAAUGACAGAUGAGCAGACAAAAACAGCUUAAAGUAAUUCUUAUGAAUAAAAUUGGCGUGAAUCUACCGAUUUUCGUGUAGUUAUGAUGAACAGUAAAAGGCAAGCAAAGAGGAAACUUGGUCACGUGGUACAAAUUCACGUUUGCCGUAAACGCGAUGCUUAAUCUCUUCAUUGCUCGUGUUUCUUUCCAACAGGUUAUACAAAUUAAAGAAGAAACUUGCUAAGCUGCACCCAGAAGGGGAACAGUACGAGCCUCAAUCCCACUAUGAAGGUACGUGUUUUAAAGUAACAAAGGAGUUCAUCACUUACAUUUCUUGUGUAGAGGAUAUCGCUUUCGUUUAAUGACAAUUAAGCCGAGAAAAAAGCUGUAAACCAACCUUUUUUAAGUUUUAACAAAAUUAAAUGUUCAUCCUCGCUCAGUUCUUGUAGCUUAAGAAGAAAAGUGCGCAUUCACCUCACUCGCUGUCCGUCCAAGGUCUGUCACGUAUUUCCGUAUCCGGUACCUUUCGCUCCUGUCCGUCUCCGAAUCGAGUUUCGAGUUUCUUUCUGCUAAUUGCACGUUUCUUCAUUUCCUGCGUCAAGUAUAGGGUACUUUUUCUUUGGUCUGCUUUUGGACAUGAAGGUGGGGGGGGGGGCAGGGAACCCGCAUAGGUGGGGUAGCCCGCCUGUCCAUAUAAUCUCCCAUAUGGUCACCGCACCUUUCAUGUAAACGUGAUUACAUUGAAAUAGAUUAUAUGGACAAGCGGGGUACUCCAGCCAGGAAGGUUACUUCACCUACCUGGGGUCCCCCACCUGCAUGUGAACAGGCCCUAAGUCGACCAUAAAUAGAUAGAUACUUUUUUUUAAUGAGGGUUUAACUUGACUCUAUCCACAGAUAAUAUAGUCGUGGUCCUCAACAAUAAAUAAAAGAUAAUAAAUAAAAAAAAAGUAAAUAAAAGUAAAUAAAAUGAAAAUUAAAUAUACAGUAUUCUAGAAAGUCCUGCUUAAAAACAAUUUUUACAAAGAUUAUGGUCAUGAAAGGCACGUUCUAAGUUUUAGCGAAGAUGUACUGAUCGACUGGUCCCCUUUGAUGUCUUUUGGGAGUUCGUUCCAGCUCUAGCUGCUAAAAACUUGAAAGCAUUUUUGGCUAUACUGAUCCUAACUUUUGGUAGCAUCAAAUUAUACUUUGCGUUUCUCUUGCCCGCAUUAUGUAAUAUGAUGCGAAAUUGUUGAGUGUCUUAAAAACUAAGAAUACCGUUAAUACUCCAGUGUUUUAUCAAAUGGCAAGAUAUUUAGUACCAUCAUGUGUAUUUGUAUUCUUACAGCGAUAUACUCAGGUGAUUACAAGUGGUUCGAGUCGGAAUCCGAGGAAGAGGUAGAGAGUGACUCUGCCACAGGGUCACCAAGCCGCGGCAGAAGUCCCACUCCCUCUGCAACAACAGGAGAACCAGCUGGGAUCGAGGAGACUGGCGACAAAGGUAGAUUAACAGACCAAUUUGAAUUUAUUAAAUGGAUACUUUGUCUCGUAGGCUUGGGAAAUAAAACAAAUGAAGUCAGCGAGAGGUUUUGGGGCUGAAUGUAUAAAUUUAGCAUUUCUUUUUUUUUAUUCUCAAGCCUUAGAGCCAAGCAUAAAUGUUAGUAUCAACCUCGCAGCUGUUGUGUUUACAGGAAAACCGGCCGAAGCCACGGGCGCGGCAGCUUCAUCAGAGGACGAAGAUGACUUUCUGAAUGUCAUUGCUCCGGAAUUGCCCGACGACGAAGGACAAAAUGACGGAUUUGUGAACAAGAUCAAGAAGUGGUGUAGCUGGCUUUAUUAUUACAUCGCUAUUGCAGUGGACAAAGUUAUAAACUUGUUAAAUGAUAUUUCUAAAGACUACCGGGAGAUAGCUGACCAGCUCAAGAAAGAACGCAAAGAGAAACGAAUCGAGAAGCUUCGUCGUGCUAAGUUCGGUUAUACUAGUGCUCGGCUUCGGCACGAGGAUGUCUCGGACCCUGAUGCAGAUGCGAAGGUUUGUGUUAGUGACUAUAAUUUUGCAAUACCAUAUCAUAGUUAAUAAAGUGCAAUGGUUAUAAAGUCUGUCAGACUUCUUUGUUUUAUGUAUUUGUUAGCCUUUUUUGGACAUGACCGUGCGCAACGUUCACUAGCAUUCCCAUCAUUUUGACCUAUAAACCCAGCAAUAGAAAUAUAGUAUUAAUUUAUUCAUUAUUAGUCAUAAUCUCGGUGUGAAUAAAGGAUUGCGCACGCUCAGGGGACUUCCAACUUACACUGCACCACCAUAGACCCUUCCACGGUUUUUACAACUUUUGCCUGCGACCAGUUAGCCAAAAUAUGUUAACACGGCUGGAAAGAACGCCUUAACAGUAAAGGUUGCCAAGUGUGAAAGUGUUUUAUUGAAAACUACUGAUGAUAUAGCCCCGCAAGAUCGCGGAAUUUUACAGACGUUUGUAUGGAACUUGCCCCCCAGUACAAGUGUCUGUAAAAUUUCGCGACUUUGUGGAACAAUAUCUUUGCUCUAUUUGCACGUAUUACCUUUAAACUUGGUAUUAGUUACCAGUGGACGGGAGUGAGUGGAAGGGUCAAUUGUUAUCAUCUUUAAUUUUUUUUCGGCGUAGAUAACCAGUUUCCUUCACUAAUGACUAUGACCAUAUUUGCGACCAUAGUCCCCCUUAGUUAUGUAAAUAACUAACUGGUCAUUCUUCUGCAGCAGGGAUUAUUCUCGGCCAUUAAGUUUUACUGGUUUUGUUUUCCUGCUAAUAUUAGAGUAUGACUUCACGAAUCACAAUGGAAGACGAUGACGCGUGGUCCGCGUCCAAUAUAGAUCUUGACGAAGCUGACGGAAGUGCGAGUUGGCGGAAGUCAAACAUGCGUAUAUCACGCCUCACAAUAGCGUUUGUAUACGCACUACUGGCGAACACCGACAUUCUGUGCUACAUGUUAAUGAUUCUCAAUCACAUGGUAUACGCCAGUGUCUUGUCCAUGCCGCUGCCUUUCUUGGUGUUCCUGUGGGGUAUGUUGUCGAUCCCCAGGCCGACCAAGAUCUUCUGGAUCACUGUAAUGACCUACACUCAGGUUGUGAUUGUGGUGAAGUACUUGUUUAAGUUUCAGUUCAUAGACAUCAAUGAUUGUAAUCGCGCCGAAGGUCUGGAUAAGAAUAGUCCGCUGUGUCCGCCCAGGUUGAUUGGAAUUGAGCGUGAUGGACACACGUCUGCCUACGAUCUCCUACUUCUUUUGGUCCUGUUUUUUCACAGAUAUUCCUUGAAGGUAAGUUUGUUUUUACGGGUGCAUUGUUUUUUUCACCCGUGGUGGGAUUAGCUCAGUCGGGAGAUUACUUGACUGCAGAGAUGGAGGCACUGGGUUCGAUUCCAGGGACCGGACCAAUAUUCAGGGUCUUAAAAUAACUUAGAAAUGAAGACACUUCCUUUGCCCUACAAUUGGCUAGGCCUUCGCGUGGCUCGGAUGACCACGUAACGUGGCGGUCCCGCGUAAAAAAAGUGUCAUCUAUUAGUACUUUAGUGCUAAUAACUCUUGAAGAGAAAAGAAGAAAAUCUGCCAUGAAGCAGACUUGGAAAUGAUAUCCUGUCAAUUAUUUAUGAUAACAUUUUGCUAACUUCCGCAUAGAAUUUAUCUUUAAGAAUUAUUAGUGAUCGUCUUGAAAACUAUAUCAGACACUCUGAAGGUUGUUUUAUGGGAUGGAGUGUUCCCCACUUGAACCACUGGCUGAAGUUCUUACUUGGUAAUCUUAAAUUGAAUACCUCGAGUAGAAGGGCAGUCCAUGAACUUUGAAAAGUAGCCUGAGAAGGAUUCCCCGUCCCCCCCCCUCCCCCCCCCACACAUAAACACACGCAUGUUGUGGCCUUGCUGUCAAUUUAAAGCUUGUUAUCUUUAUUUUACAAAGCAAGUUUGCUUCUUGGCAAAUAUGGUACCUGUGACGGUUGACAUGUCCUAGCUUUGCCAAAAUUUCACAACAGUUACGAGUUUUGAGAAUUUGUGCACUAGGAGUGACCAAACCCCUCACUAGCGAAUAAACAAUAAUGCAAAUGAGCUCUACGGUCGCCCGAGUAUCAAGCGUUUCUGGGAAAAAAGGAAAAGAGAGAGAAGCUUCUUCCUCUAAAAUCAGUCCUUUCCCUACCCCCUUUCUCCCCCCUAAGGAAGGCCCGAUACAUACGAUACAUAGCGGCUCUUGUCAGGUUUUAGUUUAUUCAAGUCUUCCUUUUUAUUCAGGUGCACGGUUUGUGGAGAGAUAAGGCGAACAAAGACGAUGGAGAUGACACAGACGAACCGCCAACGUCGCCAUUUUCGCCACAUGGUAAUAAAGACAUGACCUAUCCGCUUUUCUCGACGGCAUAUUCUUCUCGGUAUUCAGAAACAGGCCUGCCCGUAAUAGAUCGGAUUUUUUUGUUUCUCCGAUAGUUUUUUGUGGCCACACGUCAUGAGACAACAUAAUUAUUUUUUGGGCGACCUUGCAGCUCUCGGAAGACCUCACAAGAGUUAACAGUAGAACCUGGCCCAAAAACAAAAGAGCUGCGACCCAUAGGGGUCCAAUUAAAUUAGAGGUUCUGAUGAGCUGUAAGACUACUGUAUUUUUUACCCACGUGGCGCUUUUUUGUAACUCGCGCUAGGCAAGGGAACAUGCGUGUCAACAAGCCACUCAGUAAUAACCCGCGUAGGCUGUUAAAACUUAUGAACCAAUCAGAUAGACCCUUCCACGGCGAUUUCACUUUUUGACGUGAAGCAGUUAUGAAAAAUCCUCCGUCGUCGCUUAGAAAGAAUGCUUUAAAACAAGUCUGCAGUUGGCACGUUUGGAGGCGAUUUGCUGAAAACAUUCGAAAAUAUAGUUCCUCAAAGUCACGAAAUUUUUCGACCUUAUUACUUUUUUGUGCAUUUGUUCUUAUUAUUAUUUCCCUUUCAGGUCAAUUGGGUCACGGUUAUGGCGGUUCUAUAAUGUUUGAAAGAUCCCUGUCUACGGAGACGAGCACCUCUACACGUCACUCACAGGUACUUUUAACAGUUAUUUCAAGGAGUACCACAGAUUUUGGGACGUAUUUUGUUAUUUGCGCAUUCAUGACUACUAACGUUUUGCGCGUGAACCAUCGAAUUUCAAUACAAUUCGCUGUUGAUAGGCUAGUAUUGGGUCGUACGGAUUUGACUGCCAGUGCAUUUAUUAACGGGGUGACCCUGUUGGCUUGUUACUUUUCUUGUUAACGUUAUAGUAGUGCUACAGUAGUUCCUUACUGAAUUGAACGAUAUGACAUCUGAAAGACCUUUUUAUUUUUAUUUUGUGUGUUUCAUUCGUCCUUCGUCAAUCCGCUUAAAACCUGGAACACGAACGGGAAGAAGAAGUGCCUGAUCUUCGGCUACAUGAGUCUCCUUCGCAACUGCUCGGGCCGGAGUCACGCAUUGGGAACGGGGAGCAUUGCGUGACUUCGGCCGGAGUGGUUGCGAAGGAGACAACGGCUACAUUGGUAUUUACAACGUGGUGGUGUAGAACUCGCGCUGGCCUGGACCGAGUAUUGACCCGUCAAAAUGGCGUCGGGGAACCGUCGAAAAUAAUCAGGGCAAAACCCACAGUUCUAGCAAUUGCGGGAUAUAAAUCAGGGUUACAAUUAUCUUACUACUUUGUGCUCAUUGUGUUGUUCGUUGUAUAGAAUGUAAUCUUAAAAAUCAACGAGAAAUUGAAAUGUAAACAGUCACGGCUUUAUUUCGGUGGUUGUCAAAUUUUUACUACCAAGAAGUUCAGCUUCAUCUUGCAAGCAGCCAAAGAUGUCAAAGCUGAGAUUGGUGUCUACCGUGUUAAACUACCGUUUUAAGAACACAGCUCUUCCAUGUUAAGAAACCGUGCCAAGAAAACAAAGCUUUUCUGUGCAACGAAGGCAAUAACAAUACUAAGCAACGGGGUGACACGAUAACCUUUGUUUUGCUUAUCAAUUAUGCGCAUAUCGUCAAUCUCAACACGCUGAGGGUGUCGUGUUACUAGCGUGCGAACGUGUAGUGCACGUGCUAUCACCAAAAUUACUGAAAUCCUGUGGAGGGUCACUUUUGGUUUGAAUCAAUAAAACUAUAAAGGUGAAUGUAUAAAGGAAAAUACUCGUUGGGAGUUCACGGCCGUUGGCCGUUUGCGGCUUUAAAGAACAAUCGUAUCAAUUUAGGUUUCUGGGAAACUGCCCACCUACCCCUCCCCUAAGCCAUCAUUUUGCCCAAAGUAAGAAGUAAGUUUUAAUGUUAGCUCAGGGGAAGGUUAGGUGGGCAGUUUUCCAGAAACCUAAAUUGGUCCACCGUUGGCCUCGUCAAAUGACUGAUCUGCUUGCCCAUGCAAAGUCAUGAUCAUAACACUGAUAAUGAAUUUUUUACUCUGUUCAGGAAGUAGAGGUGGAUGGCGGUGAUAGCAGACACAACAAUCAGGAACGGUGCGUAGUUAGUCCUUAGUUUUAAAAAAAAGAGGCAAUAAUAACCUUGAGAGCGUCUUAAAAAGGUUGCAGUGGCUUGCUGCUGUCUGCCAUGUUUUUACUAUCCCUCCAAACGAUCCUUAGUAGCCUUUACGGUGAUAAUUCGUACCAGUUUCCCGCUCGUUUAAAACGUGGCCAAUUAUAAGAAAACCACGCUAAAUUUACCGAAAAUGAGCCAACUGAAUGGCAUUGCACCCACGGACGUUUUCAUUAAAAGAGUUUUAAAUGUUUUCAGAGGUGCUUACGUUGGUUUUUAAGACUUACUGUUUAUCAAUGUUUCAUCUAACACAUCUUACUUUGUAAAGCUUUGGAAUACAAAUUGAUAGUACAAAACAACGCUUAGCUCAUGCGUUCAUUUUCAGACGUUGUAUGUACCAUUCUCGUUUAUUAGCCUUCCAGCGGCAAUUUGAUACAGACGAACUUCUAUACGUGACCACCUCUUGAAAGCGGCCAUCUCCUAUACGCGAACUUCAACCCAAAGCACUAAAAAUGUUCCCAGUCAAAACCCAUGGGUGAAACCAACAAGAAAUGACCACCUCUCGCGAGCUACGACGAUCACGUUCAGUGGGGACGGUUUUGUAACUUCCCAGUCACCCUUGAGGGACCACUUGACACAUAGCCUCAUCUUUAUGAUCGUUGUAUGUACAUCGUACUGUAAAGCUCAGAGGGCCAAAUAUUUCAACGAAGUCUAACUUAAGCCGCGGUUUAACGAAUCUUUGAACCUCCAGAUCCCUUCUUUGGUGGUUUUUUGAAGAAGAUAAAUGCUUUUCUAGUCUUCUCUAUUUGCUUUCAUAAAACUGUUCACGAUAAAUAAUGUUUAGAUAAAAUCGUUGGGCAAAUUGAAAAUGCCUUAGAAUGCGGUUUUGUUAAACACUGGCUAAACUGCGUGUAAAUAUUUGGCCCAGCGUGUGUAAGAGACUUUGAAUGACAUGUCAUUGUUACUUUUAACAUUGUGAGAUUUCGAGCUAUUAAUUUCCUGGGUCAGUGAAAAAGAUGUGUCAGUCCCGUUCUCGAUAUAGACCCCCGUGUUUCGGCCCUCGUAAGCGACCACUAUAUCCUGACAUUUUUGUCGGUCGCGUACGGGAGGUUUUAGUAUAAUUGUCUUUUUCAUUUAUCUUCUCUAGUGGCCUGUGUUUUUCUGUCGCAACAUUCUUUCGUCGAAUUUAUGAUCCUGAAAUUGGUUCUGGUGCCGUUGAUGUGUAUGCCAUGAUGUUUGCCUGCCAAUUCAUUAUCUUCAUCAUCAUCGUGUCUAGUUGGUCUGCGUUUUCUUCCCCAGAGGUAAGAUAAACGAUGGGUUCCCCGUUUAAACUUCUUCCGGCUCCCAAGUUCCAGUUGUUCAAAAUCCAUAGGGUAAAUCAUUACCUAGCGGGUAGUGCAAUUGUUUUUCCUAAUACUUAUCCACUGCCUGGAUAGCGAUAUAUCCGGUGGAUAGUGGCAUGUGCUAUUGAGCUUUUGAACAACUGUGGCCAGAGAUAAAUGGCAGGGAAUGAUUCAUGAGCAAGGGUUGUUUACCAUUUACAAAAGGUUUGCAGAAAAUCCGGUUGGACAGUAACUGGAACACGACUUUUUAAGUCGUUCCUGCGGAAAAGUUCCGGGAGCAACGGAACAUCUGAAAAGGAGGCCUGUUUUUCCGAACGGAAUAUUCCAAACGGAAAUUCGAGUUCCAUUUUUUCAAAGCCAUCUUUGUUACCAGUUUCAAGACUUCGCGGUCGUUUUUCGGUAAAUGAAACUGAUGUGUAAAAAUGGUAAACGCGAUUCCGGUACGAAUUUGCUAGUCCUGAAUUUUGCGUACUAGUAAACCAUGGACCAACCGGUUUGUCUAUGUAAAUGGUAAAUAACCAAGGUUUACUUUUUCUGCCCAACACCCUUAAGAGUAAUUUCUAACACCAGGUUGACAACCCACUCUAUAACUCUUUCGUUUUCUUUUCAGCCGGAGCCCCAAGCUCAAUUCAUGCAAAUUAUCGAGCAGAACGUCGUAAGUUUCGUUUUAUUUUUUUCCUCUCUGGAAACACCGUUUGAGUAUGAUAUAUAUUGAUAAGUAUUCAUUAAGUGCUAUAUGUCAUACCUAUGAGAGGAAGCUAAAAAUGUGCAAUUAACAUCUUUUACGGUGCGCAAGUGACACCUUUUACAGCUUCCCGGCCUUCAAUAGACUAUUUUACAGUUGUGGGCUUAGUAUCCUUAGCUUUUGAGUAAAUGCGAAGUUGAGGUUGACCUUGUUUUGAUACAAACCUCCCUUCUUUUUGUAUGAAACUUAUGAUGAAAAUUAUGCUUAAAAAUACAAGUUAACAUAAGAGCAACAUGAUUUACGUAAUAAAGCAGGAAGGGUUGUAGCAAAACAAGGUCAACUCCAGCCUCGUUUCCACCUGUAAGUGUUAAAUGGGCUAUUGAUUGACCGAUACAGUUUGUCUGCACGGCUUGCCCAAUUGAGGCUUAUUUCGCGUUCUUUUAUAGGUGCCUAAAACUUUUCUUUACAUGCUGCUAACACAGUUUAUCCUCAUCAUAGUCGACAGGUAUGUUAUCAUAAGUCCUUGACUUUACGCGUGUUGACUUCUCCUGCUAAAAUUUAUUUUUUUACUUUUCUGAUACAUCCUAAAUUUCUUUUUUAAUCCUCUGUUGUUGUAUUUCAGAUAUUUGUACCUCAGAAAGUUUGUUAUUGCCAAGUUGGUUUACAAUGUUUGUUUAGUGAUCCUUUUCCACGUGUUUAUGUUUUUCAUCGUGCCGCUUGUAACGCAAAGGUAAGAACGAGGCACGCUCCUUUUCUCUUUCUUUUUCUUUGGCCGAAGUUAUAGUUGAACCUCUCCACAACAAGAGAACCACCUUGGGGAAAGAAGAAAGUGGCAACAAGAGUCAAUUUGUGAACUGUCCACCAGUGGCCGAUGCAGAGAGGUGGCCGCUCGUGGUGGUUCGACUGUACUUUUAAACUGCGCGAUUAUAUAGCUGGUAGCACACGGUUUAACGUCGUACAUUUGUUACUCGACGAAUGUUGCAAGAUGUUGCAGGAUUUGGAGAAUUCCUUUUAAAUCACGUGAACGCGGAUUGGAAAGCGCUGUUUACCAAUUUGUUGAUUGGAAUAGAACUCAUCUCUAUUUUGUCCUACUAUGCUUGGCAAUGUUUCAACGUGUUAGCGGGCCUAUAUCGACAUUAAACUUUUGUUACUGAAACAGUUAAACCGUCUGUCACCCACCAACUUAUCAAAAGGGAACUCACGAAAGUAAAAAUGUUUUAGCUUUUGUAUGGAGAGUCCCCGUUAACGACUCACCUCCUCUCGGAUCUGCCUGGUAACGUGACUUGCGACGCGUUUCUUGGGAAAGUUUGAUCAUCUUACGAUUAGAAGUAGUUAUGUGAUAUCAAGCACGCAAGUAUAGAUAUAUCUGGUAUCAUUUGAUGAUCCACUUUUCACCUAAAUAUUAAACUUAUUGACAACUUGGGCGAAGUGGAAACUUCAGUUUACAGCUAUUUCGAGAAAGGUUGUCGGAAAAAGUGCACGCGACGAUUCCAAAAGGUAUUUUGGGUGGUUUUCCGUUCACUCAAGUUCUUCAAGGAAAUUUGGAAGAAUGGCACGAGAGACCAUGGACGUGUUUUUUAUCGAAUGCUUAAGGGAAGCAGGAAAAGUAGGUCCGAUAGCUACAGUGUCAGGAACAGUGUAUUGAUCAUAUCCCAUAUUACCUUUCGGGUUUGUCGCGUGCACAUUUUUCCCGACAACCUUUCUCGAAAUAUCUUUAUACUCUCAUGAACAGUCCUUUUCCGGCCUCGGUUGUUCAAAAGAUGACUAAGCCUCCCGGGGUGUGUAGGAAUUUUGGGAAGGGAAUGUGCCACUGGGACUCUGGAACCGUGAGUCAAUACCAGAACCUACACUCAGGGAAGAUUGUUUUUGUUCGAUAGUUACAACACUAAAGUUCACAUUCUAUUUUUCUUUUCAGAGCGUUUAUUGAGAACAUCCCAGCAAUCUUCAUGUACAUCUUCUUCUGCAUGUACUUUGCCCUUUCUGCUUAUCAAGUACGCUGUGGUUAUCCCACGAGAAUUCUGGGAAAUUUCCUGACAAAGAGCUAUACCUUGACCAGCGGUAUUUUAUUCCAAGGGUAAGAGACAGUCACCAUGGUGACAUAAGGCCCGUGAAAAAAGCAAUCCAGUCAGCAAUUAGGUAGCCUGUAAUGCAUGCAUAUUUUUUAUGGGCGAGCGAAAGCUGCUUGUUUAUGUUCGUGAUGCUGUGGUCGCCAUCUUUGAUUUUUUCACUGAGGAAGAUUGGCGAGAGUAGAAAUAACAACCCUUGGGAUAGGCGUUGGGGCAAAACAAAAUGACGGGUGAGUGACAGGGGCGAAAAAAAAAUAUAUAUAAUUUUCAUCUUUCUCCCUCCCCCUUCUCGUUCCCUUUGACCCGCCUGAACUCAACUUUUUAGUAUUCAGUAUUGUGGUUACACGAUCGUAAACAUUGGCGCACCCGAAGAAAACUUCUGAAAUGCAGGCUAGGACUGAGGUGAUAAGAAGAACCAGAGCAAAGUGGCCAACUGCGAAAUUAGAAAAAUCGUAUUUAGUUUUUCUUUGUAUUUCGCACUACUUGUCAUGUCACACUUUGUGGCCUUCUCUUCGCCAUGUAUUUCACCACUAUUAGCUAUAGGCGAAUAUUUGCUGUCUUCACUGUGUACAUUUUUGCUCAUUAAUUAAGUUGGUUGCUUAAAUGUGACACUUUUUGCUCUGUUAUUACUAGUUUCCAGGCCAUUCCCUUUCUUUUGGAGUUGCGCAGUGUGCUGGACUGGGUCUGCACAGAUACGACGCUGACCUUGUAUCACUGGCUCAAGAUGGAGGAUAUUUAUGCUAACAUUUAUGUUCUCAAGUGCUACAGAGAGUCAGAGAAGGUGAGGAUUGACUUUCUACGUUGUUGGGCUGUGAUAAAACUGUUUGCUCGGACGCUCUCGUUUCUUCGCCAAACCUUUAUCCGCCCUGGGUAAUACAUAUCUUGAACAUACUUACCAAUAUUCUCGAAAAAAAAAAUAGUCAGUAAACCCUACAUAUACAUUCAUUAGGCAACUGAAAGAAGCGUAAUAUACCGUGUGCCCAAGAAUAUCGAUAAAUUCAGAUAAAAGGGGCCGUAAACACAAGAUAAGAUUAAGAGAUAUCUGGUCUCAUUCUCAAGCUCAGUACCUGAGCUUUGAAGGUAUAGGUGCUCAUUUUACUUCAGUAACUUCAAAUAACUUCUAAUAGUUAAUGGAAGACUGACAAACCUAAACCCGACCUAAGCGCUCAUUUUACUCACCUCUCCCCAUCAGUGCUCCGUUUCAUGGGUAUUGUAAGGUACUUAAAGCUGCACGAAAAGAAGUAAAGAAGCCGAAACAGCGAUUUAAUGCCACACCUGGGAUUUGAACUCUACCCUGCGAACAGAGGUCUCUUUCUGGCACGGCUUUUAGCAUUCGUAAAGUCGUUCGCGUAGUUGCUUGCCCCGGACGCACAGAAGACCAACCCUGAUCGGGCUGUGCACUGACUCACCUACUGUGCUAAUCCCUUAGUUAGUAUUUUGGCGGCGUCAAUUGAAAAUUCGUUACAGUUAAUUUGCGUAUUUAUCGUUGUUGUUUAGACGUGGUUCCAAGCUCGCGGCCAAAAGUACUGGACCAUAAGCAAGUGGGGCUUAGGAGGGCUGUUAGUGGCUCUUCUUGUCAUUGUGAUAUGGUUCCCUCUCCUGUUCAUGUCCUAUAUCAACUCUGUGUACACCAGUAACUUGCCGCAGGACGCCACCUUCACGCUUUCGAUCGGAGGAUACCAGGUAGGUAAUGGUUUUGUCUCGGCUCUUGGAUCAGUUAUGCACAACAUGAACCUUACCAAUCUAAAAUUAUAGAUUGCUCACAUUUUAUUAUUUCAACUUGUUGUUUUUGUCCAUCCCUCCCCCCUCCAAUUCUCUGAGAUUAUUUUUGUUUGCGCUGCUGUUCGUACAAAGUAUUUUGUUUUUUCACACCUUUUAACUUGCCUUAUGUACAUGAAUGUGAUCUACUUUAUUAGAUAAAAUGUUGUUGUUGAUGAUGAUGAUGAUGACGAUGAUGAUGAUGAUGAACUAUGGGACUCUUUUGUGGUCGCUUUCGCUUGUAACUAGUUAAAACAUGACAAGGCAUAUAAAGGUUAUCAUUGUUGUCCCAUCAAAGAUUAAGACUGUGCCUCUAGAAAACCGUAUUCCAAUCUUCAACUUUUUCUGUUACUGUUGCUUAUAAUGUUAUUUGAUUAAUUUCCAGCCUCUCUUCAAAGUGAGCGCACAGGAGAAAUCUUUACACCCCCUGAGUGAUGAAGAUAUUGACAAAAUAAAGAAGGCCGUUCAGAAACGAGACGAUGGCUUGUCAGAAACAGAGGUAUUUUCAAACAAAAAAUUUCAUUUUCUUUCUGUCUGUUGAGAACGUAUCACGGGUGAUGUCAAACGAACUGUGGAAGGUUGUCGAUGUCUCACCUUUGUGAUCUGUAAACUGGGUGUGUGUAACAAAAAGGGUAAUUUUGUUCAUUAUGUGUCAUUACUUGUAUGUCUAUCAUGUGUAGUUAACUAACCUGUAUCACCCAAAGCAGUUUUAUAAAAGUUAAAGCUUCGGAUGGGCACUAUUACGGCGAGGAGUUUCUAUUUUAGGGGAAAAUGCUCCAAAAUGUUUCUAAAAGUAGACUGGUUUAUGAAAAGGCUGUGUUGUAGGUCUAGUAUGAGAUUUGCUAACUCCUGGUUAAUGGCAGCUGGUUUAUCUCAACAUUCCCAGAGAGAAUGAUUGAGUCUUGUAAGGUGCCUCUUACUUGAGUCUGUGGACAAAAUCCUAUCGACCCUGAUUCAAACGAAACCUUUUUGCCAGUACGUUCACUCCGUCACUCAGUAUGUGUGAGUGUGUGUUGUGCCCGCCACAGGCAGGUCCUUCUUUAUAGUUUCCCAUCUAAGGCGCGCCUCUUGACCACUAUUUAAGGGCUCGAGGUCUACCAGGUGGCCUCUUGCCUAUUAUUCUCCCCUCGAUGACUAAUGGUACAAGACCACCAUGACGUAGGGUAUGACCAAGCCAGACUCUAUGUCUUCUGCUGAUAACAAAUAUGAUUUCCCUGUCCUCACCGACACGCAUUACAGAAACGCGCCCAUUGAAAAAUGUCGCCCGUGAAAAGUGGGGUACCCAUUAGGCUUUGCGCGCAAAAACGAAGUUUCAAAGACUACCGUCGUUUUCGGUCUCUUAUGAACUUCAUAGCGGUUAACUAUUCUCACACUUUCAAGAGACAAUGCAGAAACAGUAGAAGUAGGUUGCCAUUGUUUUAAGUGUUGGAAUGUCUUUGUCAGUGCUUCAAGUUUAUGCAAAGAGAAGCAUUUUUCUUCCUCGUGCACUAACAUAAAACCCUCGCGAAUUCGGUAGUCUCGUGCGAAUCGUUUUGAUGGCAAAACAGUUAAAGCUAAUCCGAAACCAAAGUAUUCUUCACUUAAAAACUCAUCUUCACGAAAAUCACUCGAUAAGAUUGAAUAAAAAUGUUUGCAGCGUUUAUAAAUAUUAUUAUCAGAAGCGGUAUUGUAGUUGUUUUCAAGAGACGGAUUAGAUCGCUGUUUAGGUUUGGCCGUUAAAUAUGUAGUUAUAGGGUUCUAAAGAAAGUAUCGCUCUUAAUUUUGCCUUAUACUUUGCUAAAAUCAAUAUCUUAAAUGAAGAAUGUAAGUGAGAGUACUUUUUCGUCGAAUUUGCCCGUAAAUUUUAAGGUUUAUAAUAUUAUCCAAAACCCGUGACAAAAUGUAAACAAACUGUUAACGCGUCGGUUGCGCUCAUAUUUCGUCGAUCGAUUCGAACACCAAGAAGUUUGUAAAAGGUAAAAAUUCAUUUUAAGUCAGUGCAUUGAAUUAUUUACGGCAAAAUCAACAACAAUCAUCGAGGAUUUUUCAAUUUUGAAGCGUUUAACAGCAAAAAGUCACAUGCUAAUUCGGAGUAAAUUUAGACAGUUUUUAAACAGACUGAGCUAUUGUUAGUCGCGUAAAGUUCUAUUCUUCAUCGAAGAAUAGGCAAAUGUUGCGGAUGUCUGAGCAGGAACAAUAACCAGGAAAGGGAUAUACCCAGGGGAUUUCUUGAUUGACACUAAAUUAACGUCAUUUUUCACUUAUUUACAUUUUCACGAUCGACGUUUUUGAAUGGGCGCGUUAAUACUUCUUCGUUAUAGACUUUGUCAGACCAUGAAAUGUUUAAGGCCUUUAUCCAAAGCCACAUCACACAGCUUUCUCGCCUCCUCGUGUCCUCUUUCUUCAAGGUCCACGAUUCGGCUCAAUACAGAAGGGUACUCCAGAUGACAGUCUAUAUAAUUCUCUUCUUCAGGCAAAGGCUGAAGGCUUCUUUGUUUCACACAUUCCUUUUUGUUUCCCACCUUUUUACAAAACGAAAUUGGAAACUUAUACAUUUCUUGGAAACUGCCCACCUACCCCUCCCCUAAGCCAACAUUUUGCGUUAAGUGACAAGUAAGUGUUAAUGUUGGCUUAGGGGAGGGAUGGAUGGGCAGCCUCCUAGAAACGUAUAAUGAUCCGGAAAUUUUUGUCUUAUUUUGACUUAGGUCACUUCCGGAAAUGAAAGUUUUAAGGAAAUUAUUGUUGAGACUUUUGUGGACUUGAAAUGCUCUUUUUUCGUAAUUUCAGAUCGAGUCGUUCUUUCAGACCUACAAAGGCAGAAACACCGUGUUACAAGUGAAGAUUGUGGGGAACUCAAGCUCCAUUUGGACAAUAAGCCCUCCUUCACGGGAUCUUUUGACCAAGUCCCUCUCGGACAACAAUGUGACCAUGCGAUUUAGUUAUGAAUUUACCAGGUAAAUACUUAGAGAAGAAGACGUUAUAUUAUUUCUUUGGCACUCUUUCGAGAUUCACCCGAAAUAGCCGCGUGUGUGUUUGUGUGUGUGUGUGUGGGGAAUAUCAUAAUGUUGCAGAGUACCCUAAUAAGUUCUACAGAUUUAAGAUAGAAAAAAAAAGUGUACUGUACAAUUGCAAAAAUGUGUCCUCCAAACAUGAAACGCAAGAUUUAACUCAAAGUUCUUUUUUGUGCUUACUGGCUUAUAGCACUGUGUCAAGCCUGUGUAAGUCCAUCCUUUAGUCCAUUUCUAUUGUUCUUGCAGCGAAAGGCGUUAACGCUUAACCUUACGAGCCGUAGGUACCUCUUAUCGCUUUUUUUUCUGACGAGUAGUCCCUGUAUCUGUAAAAGGAAAAAAUUUUGUCUGUGGCCGCCGAACCAAUCUUACCUGCUAAAAGACUUGUAUCACGUUUGUGAAAAGUGUACGUGCAGAUUAGAAGUCGCUUCACAACGGGACUGCCGUGUCCAGUGGUUUUGUUUUGCAUCACUUGGUUUUUGAUGGACAUUCGGUUCGUUGUCACUUAUUGCGAUGUGUCACGACAUAUUAUACGUUUCCACAGAUAACUCAUUGCAAACAUACGUAAGAAUAACAUGCCCUAGUUCGACUGCUUUACUUAUUGUUAUCGAAAUACUUUUCAUUGUCAGUAAGGUCAUGUCCUUUGAGGGGACUAUUUUUUGUACUGUUCAGUGUUAAGGUAUGCUGUAUCGCUUAUUCAGGGAACCUAAAACGGCACUUGCGCAAGAAACUAUAUCUGGUGAUACCCAAGUUCUGCUUGAUAAUGCUACUAAAUCUCAGCUGGCGGACAUGCUGGAAGGAAACUCCACAAGCGAUGAGCCUGUGUAAGUAACCUAUCUCCACCCCUCCCUUUCUCCCUGCCUUCCUCCCUUCCCUCCCUCCCUCCCUCCUUCCCUUCCCGCUGCCCCCAAGUCUCGGUAUUAGUAAUAAAUAUUCCUCUAAAAACGGACAACUUAAAUAAUUCCUCGCACAAAAGGACAAUUUUCGCGAGUCAUAUUCACUUCAUGAUCGUUAACAACCCAGUUUACCGUUUAUUUCCAAGCUUCACACAUUGGACAAAAAAUGGAUUUUCACAAAUUUGCUUUCGGCAAAUAUGUGGCAAAGUUGUCAAAACUGAAGAGUAAAUCCGGGACAAAGACAGUAAUGGCCACAGUUGCGUGCCAAAAAAACGCGGGGUUGUAAAUAAGUUGGUAAAUGUGGCCAUUACCGUCUUUGCCUGAGACUUAGUCCUCAGUGUCUAUAUCUUUGCGGCAUAUUUCUGCAAAUGAACUUUGCGCUCUUAAAAUACAUUUCUUCCUGAUUUUUGAGAAACGCGCGCUAGGUGGCUAUUUUCCCCGCCGUUUAUCGCUCUUAGUGACCCGGUGCCCGAUUUUUGAAGUCCUUGUUUUAGAAGAAUUAUCCUUAGGUAUUCACCAGAAAACUAGCCUGUUGUUAUGUGGCUUGCAUGGUUAUAUCCGUGGAGAGAUGUUGUUAUUUGUUCUUCCUCUAUCUAUCUUUCUUUUCUUUUUCUUUUUUUUUUUAUCACUUUAUGAAGAAAAACCGAGGACGUCGACGUGACUUACUUUUUCAGAGAAAUAAUCCAUUGAUUUCUCCUUUUUUAAAGCGUAAUUAAAGACUUGUUCCCAAGCUUCGUGCGCGUCCCAGCAAGUGGCUCGGUUACCCAGGUCUUAAGUAAAGACUACUCCAACUAUGUGACUUGUCGCCUGCGCAUGCGCUCUAAAGCAAGCUUUGAUUGGUGGGAGUUGACGCAGAAGGAGCCUGACCCACUUUUUGGCACCAAAGAUAACGUGCUUGAAAUGAUCACGUUUAACGACCUGGUUCCGCCUCUCCACUUCUCGUUCUUCACAAGUACAGGGUACGUUGUUUUGGUGUGUUUCAACAGAACUAUGACCUGUUUCAAACGUCAUGCUGCUGCCGUGCUGAAGUCAAUUUAUAAAUUAUAAGUACAUUAUAAUACAUUAAAAAGUUCACCAUUUUUAAGUUUUGUUUUCCCCAACAGCUAUUUUAUUCGACUGACUUAAAUUCAACUUCUAAAACCAAGUCGUGCUAAGUCGAGCCAGCUUAGAACGGCAGUUACGCGACGUUUAAAAGAGGCCUAUGGCUGAAUUUCAAGUCAAGUCAAGUCAAUCUUUAUUUAAACACGGUAAAAUCCAUCAGGAAUUUAAAAAAAAUUAAAAAUAACCUAACUAUCCUAAACAAAAUUCAAAACCUGACUACAACUAAUCUAACUAAAACCUGUUUUUCAUGAAUGCCGUGUAUAACAUUAAAAAUGAACAUUAACUAAUCUUUUAAAUUGACUAAGAGAUUCGGCUUCUCUCACAUGACAGGGUAGGCUGUUCCAGAGAACUGCUCCGCUAUAAGUAAAGCUGUUUUUCAUGAAAUUAGUUCGUGGAAAUGGGACAAAUAGUUUGUUAACAGAGUCCCUCAGGGAGUAACGCGUUUCAUUUCGUUUAACAAACUUAGAUGAUAAAUAUUCAGGAACAAGGCCAUUUAAAGACUUGUAUACCAUUAUGGAUUUCUGUAUUUGAAAUUGAGUGCUCAAGUCUUUCCAAUCGAGUUGUCUAAUCAAACGGCUAGCAUCAGCAUCAUAGCUAGAGAAGGUUAAAACGCGAGCGGCACGGUUCUGAAGCUUCUGUAGCCUGUCAAAUAAUGUUUUACCACAAUUACCCCAGACAAGAUUGCAAUAAUCGAAAUGAGAUUGAAUUAGUGAGUUGUAUAUAUAGUGAAGGGUAGGUGGAGGGACAAAAGGUCUAAUUCUUUUUAUUGCUCCAAUUCCGGAAGCGACCUUUUAGAUAAUUUAUCAAUGUGUGUUUGCCACCGUAGAUUUUCAUCAAUAAAUAUUCCAAGCGAUUUGACAGAGGAAACGUGUUCUAUCGGAACAUUAUUAAUCGAGAGCUCAAGUGGGUUCGACAAAGUACUCAAUUUUUGUCUGGAGCCAAUUAGCAUGAAUUCAGUUUUAGAAGUGUUCAAAGUAAGUUUAUUGGAAAUAAGCCAUUUGUUUAGGUUAUCUAAAUCGUGACUCAGAGUUAACUGUAUUGAAUUCACAUCAACGCCAGCAUAAGUAAUGUGGGUGUCAUCGGCAUACAUUCUAGGCUGGCACGAAGUAAGGCAGUUUGGCAAGUCAUUAAUAUAAAUAAGAAAUAAAAGGGCCAAGGAUUGUUCCUUGCGGUACCCCACAUUUAAGAGAGCAGAUUCUAGAAAGAGAACCGUUAACAAGACAUCGUUGUGUACGAUUAGUUAAAUACGACCUAAACCAAUCAAGAGCUGUACCUUGUAUUCCGUAAAGGUUCAUUUUAGCUAGAAGGAUAUCGUGGUCAACGGUGUCGAAAGCCUUUUUUUAAAUCGAGGAAAACCACAGCAUUAACAUUGCCACGAUCAAUAUUAAAGGCCCAAUUAUCCGUAGCUUCCAGAAGGGCAGUUGCAGUUGAGUGUAACGAGCGAAAACCCGAUUGAUGAUUAGAAAUGAUAUCUUCAUUGGUCAAAGAGUUAUACAACUGAUCAUAAACAAUCCUUUCAAACACUUUAGCUAUAACGGAAAUGACUGAAAUAGGUCGAUAAUUAUUCAGAUCAGAUGGCUCACCUUCCUUGAACAACGGAGUAACUCUAGCACAUUUCCAAUCAUCAGGAAAUAUACCAGAGACUAAAGAUUUAUUAAAGAGAUCACAUAGUGAAACUGAAAUAAGAUCAGCACAUUCACGUACAAUUUUAGCAGAAAUAUUAUCAAGACCAGUUGCUUUAGAUCUACAUAAUUUGUUUAGAUGUGAGAAAACAAUGCUGCAGUUAGUCGAGGAGAAGCUGAAAUUGUUGUUAUUUACCUUUAUAUUAUUGAUAUAACUUGAAUUAUUUUCAGCAGUUAGAGGUAUUUCAUUAGCAAGUCUGGGCCCAAUUGUUGAAAAAUGGUCAUUAAAAGCAUCAGAAAGCUCACUAGAAUUAGAGAUAAUGGUAUCAUUCAAUUUCAGUUCUUUCACCGUUGUAUUAUUCACACGACGGGAUGUAAGCUCAUUAAAGGUUUGCCACGUUUUUCGAGGAUUACCCUUAGAUUGAAUAAAUGCAUUAGAAUAAUAAGAUGCUUUAGAAAUUUUGAUGUCAUUGUUUAUUAUAUUUCGCAACUUUUUGUACCUUUUCCAAUCGUGUGGAUCAUUCGAUGUAAUUGCUUUUCUUUUGGCAGCAUCACGAUCACGCAUGCCUUUCUUUAAUUCUGAAUUGAUCCAGGGUGCUUUAUUUGUUCUAGUACGUCUAGUUCGGAGUGGCGCAUGAAUAUUAACAAUAUCCAAAAACUUCGUUUUCCAGUCAGUCCACAAAACAUUUGGAUCUUCAGAAACAUUACAGGACCAGUCUUGCAGAGCGAUAUCGUUACGAAAACUCUCUCUAUUAAAAUUUUGGAAAUUUCUAUAAGAAAUGGUUGAGUGCCCUUUUGAAGGAAAAGUGAGAGAUAAUUUCCUAUAAACGUAAAUAAGGCUAUGAUCGCUGAUACCAAUAUGAGAGACUCCGGAACAGACUACCCUGUCAGUAUAGUUUGUAUAAAUUAAAUCAAUUAAUGUUGAAGAGGAUUCCGUUAUGCGAGUAGGUUCAGUUAUAAGCUGUUGAAGCCCAAAUAAAUCAGAAAUUUCACAUAAGCGUCGAGUAUUUAAAUCAUAUUGUGCAGAGGCCAGGUUACAGUUUAAAUCACCUAGCAGAUAAUAUUCUAGGCCGAGGGAAUCUAAUUUCUCAAGAAAUGAUUCGUAAUGUAAAAAAUAAAUCAAUUGAGGAGCAAGGAGGUCUGUACCAAGUGGCUAUCAGAAAUGGCCUGGAGUUUGGUUUCCGAAUCUCUAUACAUAAAUUUUCAAGACUGGGUGCAUUCAAAUCAGAGCGAACUCCAAAAUUAAUCGAGGUUUUAUAUAAAACCUACUCCUCCUCCUUGUCUGUUUCUAUCACGACGAAUAAAUUCAUAGCCUGGUAUUUGGACCUCACAACUAUUGAUAGAGUCAUCAAGUUUAGUUUCAUUAAUUGAGAGAAUAUCAAUGGAGCGAUCGGCAAGGAGAAUUCUUAGUUCAUCAAUAUGCUUUGUAAGACUAUUAAUGUUUAAACCUGCAAUUUUAAAACCACGACCAGAAGGAAGAAAAUCAGAGAGAAUUGUACUUUCAAAUGAAUCAACGUUUUGAUUAGGAAUACCUGAUGAUACGUCACUCGGUUGAGAAGCUAGCGUGGGCGUCUCCACGCUAGCUUCUCAACCGAGUGACGUAUUAAAUUCAACUUCUAAAACCAAGUCGUGCUAAGUCGAGCCAGCUUAGAACGGCAGUUACGCGACGUUUAAAAGAGGCCUAUGGCUGAAUUUACUGAUUUUAAACAGUUAGUGAAAUUGCAGCCACACCUUCUUGGUCAUAGUGAAUAGCAUGCAACACAAUAAUACGUGGUCAAUUAUAUUUUUGCAAUAUCCACUGAAAAGCAUUGGAAAGGCAAAAUUGGAACCGCUAUCUCUCGUUUCAAAGGAUAUCUUACUCGCUCCAAUAUUUGCGCAAAGGAUGGAAUAUUUCCUUGAGAAAGCAUCGCGUAGAAUAUUUCUUAGUCAAGUCAAUCUACCACACCAAAAACUAUUUGGGCACCUUCGAUCUUUAAACUGAUAAAAUUAAUCUAUAUAUUUGUUUUGCUCCCCCCUCCCCACCCCCGUUUUGUGUUACCUGCUUUUACUUCGACAACGACAACAUUCGCUGCCUUAGACAGCGAGCAAAAUUUUUCGAGUGAGCCGCGAAAGAUUGGGGGAGGGGAUCACGAAAGUCUUUUGGAUGAGUCUUCGUGACGUUACAACUCCUGCUGAAAAGACGCAUAUUGUAGACGUAUCUGAGUUUUGUAAUCCAUUUGUGUUGCAGAAUAAUUGGACUAUAUGUGGGUUUCGUUUGGUUGGUUGGCAAGUUUGUCCGCUUGUUCUUUACUUCGAUUUCUUACCGAAUCAUGUUUGACGAGAUGCCAAACGUUGAUAAAGUCCUUAAAUUGUGCCUGGAUAUCUUCAUGGUGAGGGAAAGCAAAGAACUGGAACUUGAGGAAGAUUUAUUUGCCAAGCUCAUGUUUCUAUAUCGCUCACCACAGACGCUGAUAAAAUGGACGAAAUACAAGAGGCAAUAG